AGUACUGUAUAGGUUAAGGCUAAAGGUCGAUCAUGGGGAAAAGAAGUAUAGGCCCGUGCGAAUGACAUCGCUGACUCGGUAGCGAGCCCUUCUUUUGGCGUGUGUCGGUGUUCCUCUUGACAUCACAAGUUCACAGACAUAAUAGGACUUUAGCCAACUAAUCCCGGGUGGCGCAUAGGACCUAAGCGUACGCUUCGGAGUAAACGGGGGAAAUAACUGUGUCUAUUUUGUACUGGGAGAAUGCCCGUCCCUACACGGUACAAGAGAUCACAUUCACAUUUAAAAGUCACUCGUGGAGGAAAAGUACUUCUAUCAUCAACUGGUGAUUGUAAGUAGGAAGUGAUUGUUGUUUUUUUUUGUGCACUUGUUCAUGAGUGUAUGUGUGUGUGUGUCUAUUUGAAUUGGGGCAGUAGCUAGCUAGUUGACGUGUGUGACAAAGAUAUUUAGUUCAAAUCAUACAUGAAAGGAUGGUUGUUUAUUUCCAAUGACUUGAAUUGGGGUUGGAAGAGUAAACUGAGUAGGAUUCAGGGAGAUUUUUCAAGUGAUCACCGGUCAAGUUACCUUGCGUUGAAUACUGUCAGUGUUAGUGGCAUCACACGCGAGAGUGCUGUCGUGGCAUGACAUGUUCAAAUGAUAAAACUGAUUUUUAUUUCUUACACAUGUUGCUAUUCAGUCUUAUGUUGUUACAUUUCUGAUUGGUGCACUGAGCCCAAGGACGAAGAACAUUGUUUAAUCUAUUGUGGUGGGAUUUUCGCGUUGAAGAUAGAAUGGAAGAAAAUGUCCGGUUUAGGAGAGUGCGCCAAGUGAAAGAAUCGCCAAAUCGCCGAAUAGCGAAAUCACGUCAAGCUUCAGGUUAGUGCGAGUUAUUUUACAGACAAGAUGCACUUCUUUAUAUCACAACAGCAUUCAUAACCUGUGGCAGUGUCGGCUGCUGAGUUAAAUUAGUUGGGGGAGAGUGGGGGGGGGGGGUGCUGCUUCGGAAAAUUUUAAGCCAUCGUUUUAAUUAAUAUUAAGCAAAACGAAAGCCAUAGGAAGAAAUGUAUAAUGAUAGCAGCCUGCACGAAGACAUCAUUUUUAACGUAAAUAUAAGUGUUCCGGUCAUCAUGUACAGUUCAUUACAUUCAGAAAUUCUUAUUAAAGUAUGAGAGACUAAAGAAGGACACGCACUGAUACAAAAUUGGAACUGCGUGAGCGACAGUGCGUCUCUCCACCGUGGGUCCCCUUCUUGCCCUUGAUGUGUGCGCAUGCACGUAACAACCAAACUCAGCAUCACUGGAACUAUGAAGGACACAGUUCCAUGAUCGCAUUUUUGUGUUAUUACUGUACACAAGCCUUCACUGCCUGCGUGUAUCAAACAUCUUACAUCAUUUCUAAAGAGUGUUACAUUUUUUUAAAAAGCUUUUUUAAAAGUUAAAAAGUUUGUGUUUAAAUUGAAACGUAAUUAUUGUAAUACCCAUGUGAUCCUAAUUCACUUGGUCCGCCCAGUGUUGGCAUAUAUAUGAUCAUAAUGGUCGGUCCAGUGUUGGCCUAUAUGUCAUCACAUUGGCCCGUCCAGUGUUGGGCUAUCGGUGAUAUAAGAAAGAGACUAACAUUUAAUCAUGGCAAUCUUAUUUUCAAUGUUUAAUCACAAGUUAACAAUACAAACAUGAACAAGUUAACAAUACAAACAUGAACAAGUUAACAAUACAAACAUGAACAAGUUAACAAUACAAACAUGAACAAGUUAACAAUACAAACAUGAACAAGUUAACAAUACAAACAUGAACAAGUUAACAAUACAAACAUGAACAUUUAUUAGAAACUGAAACGAACAAUGGUUGAUCCAUUUGUCAGAAACACAGUCCUAUUAAUAUUGGUGUUGUACGCAAUGAAGAUUAGAACUAGAUUUAUACAUUUAAAAAAAAGUCAUGCGAUUUCAUAUGGAAAGAUGUAGACGGAAAUCAUGCUAAAUGUAUAGUUACUGUCCUAAAGACUAGGCUCUGAUACCCCGAGGAGUAGCUAGAGUGUUGGGCGUCGGGUGACAAUAUUCAUUUUGACGCCCCUCUGUUACUCCGAAAGACAUUAUUUUCAUCAAUUUUGGCGCCCCUAAGUAGUCUGGCCCCCCGGAGAACUCUGACCUCCCCCCUGUUCCUCUCAGCUACGCAUCUGCUGAUGCUGGGGACACCCCUCAUACUUCUGAAAAUGGUUCUGAUGCCUAGUGACGCCCCCCCCCCUUAUGCUCCCUAAAGCGGCUAUGGUGCAAUGGGACCCCCUCCCCCCGUUUGCGACCCCCUUCCACUCCUUAAAAUGUCCCUAAUUUUAAUCCAAGGUACAACACUCAAGCAGGUGAGGUCAGCAACGCCAUUUUAAGACACAUUUUCAAUGGUUUNGUCCCCUUCCCCACAUCUGUUUUAUGCCUGUCGCUGAACUAUAGUUCUCUUUUUUUGUGUUGGCUCGUUACAUUUAAUCAGUGAUUAUUAAGACCAAUAUUAUGGAACAGCUUAAAAAAAAUGAAACACAACAAAAAAAAACAACAAUAUUAUAGUUAUCCCCCCUUUGAAAGAUCUUAUUUUUUUAAAGUUAAAAAAUAUAUUAAUGGAUAAGUAUUUUGUUAUACCGCAAUGUCAAAUGAGUGUCAACAAUGUCUGCGUCCUAGAAGUUAGGAGUUGUUUGUGUUUAAUAGCCGCAAUCGUGAUUAUUUUCUUCAUUAAAAAUAAAUUCGAAAAAUGGUAAAGUUGUUAAUAUGAUGGAUAAACUUAGAUUGUAUUCAUUCAAUACUGACUAGACUAAUGAAGUUUCUUUCGUUGGUUAGGAAUUAGGCAUUAGGCCAUUAGGAUAAAACAGAAACUACUCUUAAAAAAAAAAAGCAACUUAAACUUAUUUUUAUUAUAUUUGUGCAGAAGAAUUUAAUAAAAAUAACACUUAGCUGAGAUGUAGUAUCCGAGAAGGCAUCAAGAGGAUUGUGUGAGACAAUCGGAUACUAUAUUUCAUUUCAGCUAAUUGUUAUUUUUAUUUAAUUCUUCUUUUACUGUUGUUUGUAAGCUGAUGAAGGCUUCUUACUAAAUCUUAGGCUUCUUACAAAAAAAACCCAUUUCGUUGUUUUGUUGCAUUCCUUUUUCAUUUUUUUCCCCCAUGCCUACACUCAUAAUUUGUUUCACUCAUUUCCAUUUUUAACAAUAAACUAGCAGCGACUGUAAUAGUAAUCCCAUAACAUCAUAACUGUCCGAUUCUGAUGUCUGUACUUGUACUGUUACUGUGUACUCUUUACUGUAAAAUCAUAAAAACAUAGACAAAACCUAGUAAUAUGUGAAAAUGGAAUGUAAAUAAUAUUCAAAUAUGUAUAAUUCAAAUUCAGUGAAUUACUUUAUUAUUGCUUACUACUAUUAAAUAUUACUAAUUAUUACUAAAGUGGAGUAUAAGUAUGGUCUAUCGGUAUCUACCACCAAGUAAGCUACAUGGUAGUUAAGGAAAAUAAUAGUAGGCCUAAAGUUAAUAUUUUACCAAUUUAUAAUACAAUCUCAAACUCAUAUUCACUAUGCAUCUACUGUUAGGGAUAGAUGUGGUGCUCUGUCUUUGAAAGGCCCUAUGUUCACUCCUCAGAAAAGAGCUCUUAAACUUGUUGUUGCUAAUUAUGAAAUUCCUUCAAAUUCUAAUAAAAUCUACCACCUUCUUUUUCCUUUAAAUUCUCAUUCUCCAACUUAUAAUUAAACCACAUAAAAUGCAGUAAAUUUUAUGCAACAUGUUUACAUUUUCCACUGCUUGGUUUUCGGAAAGAUCUAAUAUAGCUUGUGACUAAUAAAUAGUGUAGAAACUUUAUUCAGAAGCUAACCCCAGAAGCUAACAUCAUGAAUUGAUUUUAUAAUGGGUAUGUUCUCACUGUAUUUUUGUAGCAUUCUAACAGUUCCUUUCAGCCUUAUGUUUUGGGUAUGUAAUACCCACACAUCUGGUCCAAAAUCAUCUGUCAAUCCUUUCAGAGUUUUUUUAUUUCAAAAUCAAUCUUUGCUGAAUGAUGAAAAAGAAAAUUAGCAAAAUAAGUCUGGCGCAAGUCAUCUUUUUAGGUAACCAUUUAGCUACCGGUAAUAAAUUAUUUUUUUUUAUAAAGACCCUCUCUAGUAUUUUUUCAAAGUAUUUCAAAGCUCAAAAUUAUUGUUAAAGCCAAUAAAUAUUUAAGGUCUCCAAAUUACAUUUAGAAGAAAGGCUAAAGAUACUUAAAAUAUUUAAGGAAAAAAAAAUAAUUAAUUUAUUAUUGAAUUAUACAGAAUGAUGACCCUACUGAAUAGCUGACACAACAAAAAGUUGUUAAUAGAGGGGAAUUUAAGUUUUGAGGAGUGCGAAAAAUACGUCAACCGACCAGGUCUUCAGCAACAGAUUUUGGCCUGUACAUUAACUCUAUCAAACUGGAAGAUAAAGAGAAGAAGAAUUACGACCUAAGGCAAUGCACUCGGUUAAAGAAAACAUACCUGAUUCCUACUCAAUCAAACCUUGAUGCAGCCUCAGACAAAGCCUUCAGAAGACAGGUUUAUAUUUACUUUAAAAAGUUGACCUUUUUUUAUUUUAAUUAAAAUUUUGCCUGACUUCCAAAGAGUCAAAUGAAAAAUGAAAUAAUUUUCUAUUCAGUUUGCUUAAAAUUUAAAAAAAUUGCGUAUCUAGAGGUCUUCUUGCACUGUAAUUUAUUCAUUGCAAUUGUUUUACUUCUUCCUUCCACUAAUGACUCUGUGUCAGAUUUUCUCCCAGACUCAGAUCAGUAUAACCUUGAAAAAUAUUUUUCGUCAAUAAUCACCUUACACGUAACAUAGUACCUGUUACACAAGCUAUACCUACCUACUUCUCUGCAUCCUUUAUGUCAUCACAUAGCUCCUGUCACCAAAACCCUUCUUAUACCUACCUACUACUCUCAAAUCCUAUGAGUCAUGAAAGGGAAUGACACUAGAUAGAGAUUGCAAAAUUAAUGAUAUCAGACCUUUAGCAUUUAAUUAAAUUUUGUGUGAUUAGUGAGUGUCCCUAAGUUUGGGGGGGGGGGAUAUGUAAUGUUAGUGGAUGUAACAUUUCCUAUAAUGGUGCUGUAAUGGUUUUGUUUUGAGAAAAGGAUCCCUUUAAUGUCAAUGUACCUCAUUUUGCUUGUCCGAUGUAGGCUAUUGACCACUUCAUAUAUUAAAGUAUUUAAAUGCAUGCAAUAAAAUUGCACAGGAAAGGCAUUUCAUGGGACAACAGUUUAAGAAAUUCAGUUUAAAGGUGACUGCCCCUUCUCAAACCAUUUCCAUUUCACCACAAUGUAUGUUUCUACAGCUAAAAAGUUACGUCCCUUAUUACUAUUUCUUUUGGUUCCACUAAUCUUUUCGUCUUCCAAGAGACAGCAAUGCCUGGUUAGUUUAAUUUUCCCCUAUUUUUAACCUCUCAUAUUGGUGCAGCUGAACUAAAUCUGUUCUUUUGAUAAAAUUCUCUCAUCAAUGUUCGAGUUCAUUUCACUUAGUGUUAUUUUUUGCCUUAUGUUUUAAAAUACUCAAAAUUUGUCAUUAUUUUCUAAUGGUAAACAUGGUCAGAAUUUGUCAUUAUUUUCAAAUGAUAAACAUAGUCUGAAUAUGCCAUUAUUUCCUUUUGGUUAACAUAGUCUGAAUUUGUCGCUAUUUCCUAAUAGUCAGCAUAAUGUGAAAUUGUCAAUAUUUCCUAAUUGUCAGCAUAAUGUGAAGCUGUCAAUAUUUCCUGAUGUUCAGCAUAAUGUGAAUUUGUCAAUAUUUUCUUAUGGUCAGCAUAAUGUGAAUUUGUCAAUAUUUCCUAACGGUCAGCAUAGAUCUUUAAAAUUAAGCUAUUGCUCCUGUUUGUUAUGACAUUUAAUGGCAUUGUGAAAAUAUAGGAGCACUAUUCUUGGUACAUAUUCUUCGUAAGGUAAUUUGUUUGUGGAGACAUGCGGAAAGGUCAUAGGUAAUUUGUUUGUAGAGACGUGCGGAAAGUUCAUAGGUAAUCUGGUGGUGGAGACACCAGAAAGGUCAUUAGGUAAUUUGGUGGUGGAGACAUGCGGAAAGGUCAUAGGUAUUUUGGUGGUGGAGACAUCAGAAAGGUCAUGGGUAAUUUGGUGUUGGAGGCAUCAGAAAGGUCAUGGGUAUUUAAGUUGUGGAAACAUCAGAAAGGUCAUAGGUAAUUAGGUGGUGGAGACAUCAGAAAGGUCAUAGGUAAUAGCUUUGUCUUUGCAGCAGACGACUGAAUCAUUGGUCGAGGUGUGUGGUGCGAGGGAGGGAACGAAUGAAUCCCAAAUAUGUCAAAUUGAAAGAAAUACCCAAAACCGGAUACAGUUAUUAAAAAUGAUUGCGUAAAGACAUAUCCACCCAGAGUGGUUAUGGGGGCUAUACUCCACAGGUAUGAAACCUUAAAAGUUUUGAGUCCUUUAUUUUAGCUAUGCACGCCCCCCUUCCCUAACCCCCAUAUUUUUUUUAAUUUUUAAUGUCCCAUCCACAAUAGGCCUAUUUUCCCCCUUGCUUAGUACUCGUAGUUCGAAUACAGGCCAUCUAUUUGAAAAGGAGACACAACAGAUAGGGCUAAAGUACACAUUCAAAGGAAAGGUCAAAAUUUAAAAUAGCUUUAGGUUGAGAAACCACUGUGAAAUAUGGCAUCACUGGUCUGUUACUGUUAUGUCAUCAGUUACUGUUAUGUCGUCAUUGGAAUCAGUAAACAUGUAAAAAUAUGAGAUUGAUGCCUCAUUAAUUUUAUUUAUCUGGUUGAAGUUCACCAAUCAUCAUAAAAGAUACGCAUCAAAGUUAUUUGAUAUCAGUCGCUAUGAUUUUUAUAAGUUUAAAUGUCUGAUCAAAUAUUAAACUUAUUCUCAAUUCUGUGUAAUCCGCCCAACAAAGAAAUGCGUGUAGGCUGUCUAUAUGUUAUUCCCACUCUGAGUGCCUGAAUUCUCAUUCUGAGUGCCUGUAUCCCACUGUGAGUGCCUGUAUCCUCCUGUGAGUGCCUGUGUCCCACUGUGAGUGCCUGUAUCCCGCUGUGAGUGUCUGUAUCCAAAUGUGAGUGCCUGUAUCCUUACUGUGAGUGCCUGUAUCCCAAUGUGAGCGCCUGUAUCCCACUGUGAGUGAGAGUGGUAUAGAACAAUGUUAUGCGGAGUGGAGUGGUAGAGAGCAAUAAUUUUAUAUGGAGUAGGGGUGGUAUAGAACAAUGUUAUAUGGAGUGGGGGGUAUGGAACAAUGUUAUAUGGAGUGGGAGUGGUAAAGACCAAUGUUAUAUGGAGUAGGGGUGGUACAGAGCAAUGUUAUAUGGAGUGGGAGUGGUAUAGAACAAUGUUAUGUGGAGUGGAGAGCAAUAAUGUUACAUGAAUUAAGGGUAUUAUAGGGCAAUGUUAUAUGGGGUGUGGUGAUAGAGAGCAAUGUUAUAUAAAAAUCAUUUUAAAAAAAUUUUGAUUCAUUCUUAUUUUUGCUAAAUUUCUUCUUUUCAAAUUUCCAAAAUUAGCAUAAAUGAUUAUUAAAUUUUUAAAAAAAGUUUUUUUCGCCUGCAGCAUUGAGCACAUUUGUGUAAAACAUUUUUUUCCGGCUGUUAGUAGGCAAUUUGACUCUUUCGAGACUUUUUUCGGUUUUAUCGGGGUAAGGGAUGGUUGUUGAUAUGUUAUUUUAUAAUGAUAUGAAAAAGGGUAGGGGACUGGUCAGUGGAAAUGUUAUGUCUAUGUAAAGUAAUAAGGUGUAAGGGUGGUAAAAUUUGAUAUUUUUGCGUUAUGUCAUGUUAUAUGUGCACGGCGCCUUAAAAUCAUUCGGAAGUCUUGGAAUGUACGAAAUGUAUGAAUGUAUGAAACUACGUUUUCAUGUUGCAGGUUUUAACACUACCCAGUACGAGUCCGUUCAUUUGUUUGCGAUAUGCAGAAGUAAAAAAAGGGAAUCUCAUCUCGUAGUCUCGUAGUGCUAUCUUUUUUUUUUUUUUUUCAAAUUCUAAACUCAAAUGUUUUGAACUUACUUUGAUAGCGUCACCGCAGUUCAUUCAAUACCUCAAUGAGUGUUAAUGACAUUGAUAACAACCAUUUUCCAAUACAAAAGUCUUCGAUCACGACUCGAUACUUCGCUUGUUGUAGUGUUGAAUCCUAUGGUUUUAGCGAGCUGUACCUAUAUAUAUAUAUUUAUAGCACGAGGGGUUUUCCCGUUACCCUCUGCUGUAAACCGGAACCCGUGCCUUAAUAAUACCUUGACCCUGUUUCGAACCCUCGCCGCGAAUACGUGAGGUCGAAUUGACGAGCUUUGUAUGGGGAAAAAAAAAACUACAACUCAUUCUUCGAAGUGUUUUUGUGGCGUGUUUGUAACUGUAACAUCUCUGUGAGGCAUUGAUGAGUGAACCUCUCUAUGAGGCAUUGAUGAGUGAACCUCUCUGCGAGGCUGCGAGGCAUUGAUGAGUGAACCUCUCUGUGAGGCAUUGAUGAGUGAACCUUUCUAUAACGUCCACUCUGCAUGCAGGCAUCGAGACCUCUGGGGUUCAGUUUGAGUAUGUUGUGGAGUUAUGCGUAGAAGCCUCCUUCACAUUGUCAGUACAUGAUGAGUUCAAAUUUUGUACUAGUAGUCGGUGGACCGGUCUUGAGAGACUCCAUUCAUUUGGGUGUUUUUUCUAAGUGUGCAAAUUUCAAGAGCUGAUUGUGUGGCCAUGUCUGAGGAGGAUACGCUGAUACUGACUGGACAAGUUGACCCAGGCAAUGGUAUGUUCAUAUUUAUUUUAUUAUAGCACCGUUAACCCCCCUAGUAUUUAUUUAACCGCUUGCUGGGCCAAAAUGUUUUUAUUGUGCACGCGAUGACGUGUUUGCUAUGAAAAAAUAAAUUAUCAACUCGGGAAGCAGAUGGAGGACACAUGACUGUCGUAGAGGCCCAGUGGCGCAUCUAGCGCGUUUGGUAAGGGUGGUCAAAACUCAUCUUUAUUGAGGUCCCAUUGUGGUAGCUCUUUAUGGUAAAUUUAUGAUUGUAAAAUGCCUGCCCAUUGGCAUAGUAUAUAUAUAUCUUAGGCCAGACAUGUACCUCCCAGCACGCCCUUGGCCAGACUUCUACCUCCCAGAACGCUGUUGGUCAUGCAUACAUUUACCUCCCAGUACGCCCUUGGCCAUGCAGACCUCUAUCUCCAACUAUGCCCAUGGCCAUGCAGACAUUUAACUCCCAGUACGCCCUUGGCCAUGCAUACAUUUACCUCCCAGUACGCCCUUGGCCAUGCAGACAUCUAUUUCCCAGUACGCCCUUGGCCAUGCAGACAUCUUCUUUCCAGUACGCCCUUGACCAUGCAGACAUCUACUUCCCAGUACGCCCUUGGCCACGCAGACAUCUUCUUCCCAGUAUGCCCUUGGCCAUGCAGACAUCUACUUCCCAGUAUGCCCUUGGCCACGCAGACAUCUUCUUCCCAGUACGCCCUUGGCCAUGCAGACAUCUUCUUCCCAGUACGCCCUUGGCCACGCAGACAUCUUCUUCCCAGUAUGCCCUUGGCCAUGCAGACAUCUACUUCCCAGUAUGCCCUUGGCCACGCAGACAUCUUCUUCCCAGUACGCCCUUGACCAUGCAGACAUCUACUUCCCAGUACGCCCUUGGCCACGCAGACAUCUUCUUCCCAUUACACCCUUGACCAUGCAGACAUCUACUUCCUAGUACGCCCUUGACCAUGCAGACAUCUACUUCCCAGUACGCCCUUGACCAUGCAGACAUCUACUUCCCAGUACGCCCUUGGCCACGCAGACAUCUUCUUCCCAGUACGCCCUUGGCCACGCAGACAUCUUCUUCCCAGUACGCCCUUGGCCACGCAGACAUCUUCUUCCCAGUACGCCCCUGGCCAUGCAGACAUCUUCUUCCCAGUACGCCCUUGGCCAUGCAGACAUCUACUUCCCAGUACGCCCUUGUAGGCUGACACUGAGAAGCUUGUCACCUAUGAUUGGAAAAGUUGGUCUCACAACCUAUUAAUGCAGUGAUCCCACAACCUAUUAAUGCAGUGAUCUCACAACCUAUUAUUGCAGUGAUCCCACAACCUAUUAAUGCAGUGAUCUCACAACCUAUUAAUGCAGUGAUCUCACAACCUAUUAAUGCAGUGAUCUCACAACCUAUUAAUGCAUUGAUCUCACAACCUAUUAAUGCAGUGAUCUCACAACCUAUUAAUGCAGUGAUCUCACAACCUAUUAAUGCAGUGAUCUCACAAACUAUUAAUGCAGUGACCCCCAACCUAUUAAUGCAGUGACCCCUAACCUAUUAAUGCAGUGACCCACAACCUAUUAAUGCAGUGAACCCCAACCUAUUAAUGCAGUGAUCUCACAACCUAUUAAUGCAGUGACUCCCAACCUAUUAAUGCAGUGACCCCAACCUAUUAAUGCAGUGACCCCCAACCUAUUAAUGCAGUGACCCCCAACCUAUUAAUGCAGUGACCCCCCAACCUAUUAGUGCAGUGACCCCAACCUAUUAGUGCAGUGACCCCCAACCUAUUAAUGCAGUGACCCCCAACCUAUUAAUGCAGUGACCCCCAACCUAUUAAUGCAGUGACCCCCAACCCCCUAAACACAUGCAAUGUAAAAAAAAAAAAGUGCUCCUUAAAACUAUAUCACAGCCUCUAAGCCAGUGGUUCUCAACCUUUCUAAUGCCGCGACCCUUUAACGCAGAGCCUCAUGUUGUGGCGACCCCUAACCACACAUUUUUUUUUAUCGUUGCUGCUUUAUAACUGUUGGGUAUAUGUGUUUUCCGAUGGUCUUAGGCGACCCCCCUGAAAUGGUCAUUCGACCCCCAAAGGGGUCGCGACCCAUAGAUUGAGAAACGCUGCUCUGAGCCACUGACCCGUCUGUGAGCGGGACGUCCCAGUGUUCACCUGAUAUUUUUAAUCUCUCUCGGUGGUCGUCAUGCAGAAGUUGAGAGUUGUGCGUGUGACAGGUGUAUUGUUUAGGUUUUGGGACGCGUGUUUGACCGCAUAGUUAGCAUCCAGUCAUUGAGCAGCAGCUCAUGGACGCCAUAAGGCUUGUUCAUAAAGCAGUUGUCGAUGGGAUGACCUAUGUUAAUCACAUGAUGAAUUAGACAGCCGUUGAGUGGCUGUAGCGGUGAGUGGCUGUAGGUUGGUUUCGGACGUGUCUCGUGUUAGUAUUGUGUUAGAGCAGUACGGCUUUGGAUGAACCUCAGCGGUGGCCAAUGUUCCCUCUAAGGUUUGUUGGUUCGUGUGCAAAAUCAUAAAUUUGUGUGCACAUUUUUACAGCAUCAAUUUUUUUUGUGCGCAAAUUUUACAGCCUACUGACACAAACACGCCCUUAAGUGGGAAUUAGCUGAACGGUACUCAAAGUUGCUGCGCGGCGUCUGUGAGAUUACUGCGCAGCCGCGCAGCUUAAAGGGAACAUUGGUGGUGGCUAAGUUACUAAGUAGGACUAAACGAAUGGCAUUGUUGGGUCAUCUGUGUCUUGUAAGUCAACUAAGUUUCAAACUGGUGUCUGCAGGUUGUUGUCUUCCACUAUAAUCGUUACUCUACACAGUUAUCUUUUGGGUACGUGUCCACAGCUCUUAUGGUAACUUAUGCUAAACUUGCGGUAAACUAGGAAGUCGUUGUAAUCUUUUGGUGAAACUUUAGAUCGAUAUUUAAUUAUGUUGUACAACAGGCGUCUGUUAAAGUCGUAUUGAUCACGUGACUAUUUGACGACGUAAGGUUUAAAGGGACACAUAUCUGAUUGGAAACACAUCGAUAAAUAUGUUAUCUACAUAUGUCAUCAAAUCCUUGACCCAACUGUGAUCAGUUUUUGUCAGCUUGUCAGUUGUCCUCAGGUGACACCAGUUUUUACACAGUGUUUUUAAUGGUUUACAUCAGCUUUUAAGGGUUUACAACAGUGUUUAUUCCAGGGUUUAGUGGUUUGCACCAGGGUUUAAGAAUGUGUAACGUGUGAUUCUUUAAUAUGGUUAGGAAUAAAGAGGCAUUUUGUGUUUACCGGUUGUGGUUUCGAAAAGAAAAUGUAAAUGACAGCUGACCACAAGUAUCACUGAACAGCCUGAGAUAUAGAGAAAUAUCUCAUUAACCAGCCAAGUAAUCCAUAGAGAUAACAAUUCACAACUCAGCUUUGUGGGUAAGAUAAAUGUUUUUUUUAAAUUGAUUAUAUGGUAAACUAUAAACUACACAACCUCUGGUAUCCAUUGUGAUUUGGCACCGUCGUAGCCAUUAUGAUGCAAACUAUUUGAACCUUUCCUAAAACAUUCAUUAGACCGAUUUUUUUCUUUUUCUCUGUCCUCUCUUCUAGAUCUGCCUGCCACUAGAACAAUAUGUGGAAUUUAGUGAUCCAACUGUGAUCAGUUGUGUCGCCCUGUCAGUUUUCGUCUACUCGAUGCAACUUACAAAACAAAGAUCUUUGAUGUCUUUGUUAUUUUGAGUAUGGUUGCACUGAAUCACCCAAUCAAUAGGUCCGGACCUGGUCCGUUGUUUCCAAUAAAUACUUGCUUCGCGGCUUUCGUUGGGAACUAUCAAGUAGCACGGUGCCUGUGUGUACUUUAACGUCAAAACAAGCCGUUUAAAAAGUAAAUGGCCUGUAGUCAGUAGAUAUGAAAAAAGUCACUAGCUUCGAGGUCUGUAGUCAUUAGAUAUGAGCAAAGUCACUAGGCUCAGGUUCUGUAGUUAUUAGAUAUGAGCAAAGUCACUAGGCUCAGGGUCUGUAGUCAUUAGAUAUGAAAAAAAGUCACUAGCUUCGAGGUCUGUGGUCAUUAGAUAUGAGCAAAGUCACUAGGUUCAGAGUCUGUAGUCAUUAGAUAUGAACAAAGUCACUAGGUUCAGAGUCUGUAGUCAUUAGAUAUGAACCAAGUCACUAGGUUCAGAGUCUGUAGUCAUUAGAUAUGAACAAAGUCACUAGGUUCAGAGUCUGUAGUCAUUAGAUAUGAACAAAGUCAUUAGGCUCAGGGUCUGUAGUCAUUAGAUAUGAACAAAGUCACUAGGCUCAGGGUCUGUAGUCAUUAGAUAUGAAUAAAGUCACUAGGCUCAGGGUCUGUAGUCAUUAGGUAUGAACCAAGUCACUAGGCUCAGGGUCUGUAGUCAUUAGAUAUGAACAAAGUCACUAGGUUCAGAGUCUGUAGUCAUUAGAUAUGAACAAAGUCACUAGGUUUCAAACUUGUUGCGGUCUCAGACUUUGUGGUCCUGUCAAGGAUUCAAACUUGUUGCGGUCUCAGACUUUGUGGCCCUGUCAAGGAUUUAGACUUGUUGCGGUCUCAGACGUAGUGGUCCUGUCAAGGAUUCAAACUUUUUGCGGUCUCAGAUGUAGUGGUCCUGUCAAGGAUUCAGACUUGUUGCGGUCUCAGACGUAGUGGUCCUGUCAAGGAUUCAAACUUGUUGCGGUCUCAGACGUAGUGGUCCGGUCAAGGAUUCAAACUUGUUGCGGUCUCAGACGUAGUGGUCCUGUCAAGGAUUCAAACUUGUUGCGGUCUCAGACUUUGUGGCCCUGUCAAGGAUUCAGACUUGUUGUGGUCUCAGACGUGGUGGUCCUGUCAAGGAGACAUUUCUUUACUGUGAGCCGUGGAUUGAUCGCUGGUGAUCUCCCACUUAAACCAACCUGACCAUUGAUACAUGAAGCACUCCCAGGUGACACGUUUGACAGGUGAGCUGCCCAUUUUAUUUACUUUCAUCAGUUUAAACAAGCAUCUGGCAUUUGGUUUGCUAAGAAUGCAGUCCACUUGUCUUAAAGCUCCCAUGCCCUGCGUGCUUCUAUCAAUAGUCGCUGUGCUCUGUAUUACCGAUGUAAGUGCAAUCAUUAUGGAAGUCCUUAGAAUGAUUCCAUUAACAUGCACUCGGCUAGUGAUAACGUGUAUGGUAUGUUCUGUAGUUCGAAAUAGGUGAAUCCUGGGCCACCAAUUUUGGUGGAUUACUAGUUAAACAUGUACAUUAAAACUAAGCUGUGUACACAAUCUGUUUUAAUUUUAACCUUCCCACCCAUCAUUUCGCCCCCCCCCCCCGGGGUCAUAUGUAACAUACCAUAUAAUUCGCACUUGUAUUUCCCCACUGUCUCCUAGGAACACGUGCAUUAAGACCAACGAUGACAUUCGUCUCCCACCAACAGCUGUUAUUUGUCAGAGGAAGUCAUCAUCCCUCUUUGAAAGGCCUCUUUAUAUUGCGCUAUAUUUAGAAGCCUUGCGACGACGGAAUAUAAUGCCAUUAAUAAUCCAGUGAAACCGUGAGGAAACGUGUCUGAGUUACCUUGGCCGUGUCUGAGUUACCUUGGCCGUGUGUUGUGUCACUUCUCAUUGUGGAUGUUGGGUGGUGGUCAAGUUCAAAGGAACGCCAUUGUGGUGCUGGGCUAUUCUGUGUAGUCGUAAAAUUGGGCUAUUCUGAGGAUGAGAGCUUCGAGGCGAAGUAUGUUUUCCAUAUUAUGUGAUAUAUUAUGAUGAAUGGACGUGGUGACGUUGUAACAUACCCGAGGAGAUCUUGUGUGACUUGUCGCAAUAAUGUUUCAGGUUUUUUUUUAAAGAAAAGCUCUCAUUUAUUCCAAUUUUAAUUUUUUUUGUGUAAAUGGUUUGUUCAAAUGUACAACGGCAACGGUUUUUUCCCCCUGGAUUGCAUUACAUGAGAUGCUGUGUCACGUGAUUGUGUUGCGUUACCGUGUAAACUUCUCUAUGAAACACAUUCAUGUGGUCGAUAGUACAUCUUUUGAAUUCCGUUUUCCCAUCUCUUCAUAGAAUAUCAAAGUUGUAAGUCAUAAAGGUCCCUUUGCAGAUCGCAGAGGGGUAUCGAGUGUUUAUCAAGUUUCGUUGCCAGCCAAAUUGUUUACAUCAACCUUCAAUGAUCAAGGAAUGUUUGGAAGAAAUAUUGUUGAACUGUCGUUGUUGUGCCGCCCCCCCCCCUUUUUUUUUUCCGCUGAAACCCUAAAACUCCGUGAAGUCAGUGACCGAUUUGUGGGAAAUUUACACUGUCAGUGACAGUUUCCCCCACGUCAAUGGCCACCCUGACGUCAGAUCACAAUAAAUCUCUCCAAUGCUCAAUAUUAAGAUUUCCAAUUGCCAGCACACAUGGUUUGUCUCUUUCAUCACUUAAUGUAACUUAAAAUUGUUUACAUCAACCUUAAAUGAUCAAGGAAUGUUUGGAAGAAAUAUUGUUGAACUGUCGUUUUUGUGCCGCCCCCCCCCCCUUUUUUUUUUCCGCUGAAACCCUAAAACUCCGUGAAGUCAGUGACCGAUUUGUGGGAAAUUUACACUGUCAGUGACAGUUUCCCCCACGUCAAUGGCCACACUGACGUCAGAUCACAAUAAAUCUCUGCAAUGCUCAAUAUUAAGAUUUCCAAUUGCCAGCACACAUGGUUUGUCUCUUUCAUCACUUAAUGUAACUUGUAGAUAAACAUAAAGAAGCUUACAGUACCGCAGCGGGCUUACCUAUUUGGGAACUACAUUUUACGCCUGCUACUUGAUAUUAAUAUGCCCGGCUUGUCAGCUGAAUUAAACGUGUCCUGUAUUCCUUUCGAGACGUUACUGUUUUUUUUUUUGUGGUAUUUUUAUGCUGUACUCUGUGUUUUACUGUUUUUAUGUUGUGCUGCUUUCUUUACUGCCAGCUCAUAAGGUCAGUUCCCAAAUAGGUCAGGCCGCUAUUUUACUGCCAUGUUCUUAGGUCAGUUCUUCAAAUAGGUCAGGCAGCUAUGUACUGCCAGGUCCUAAGGUCAGUUCCCAAAUAGGUCAGGUCGCUAUUUUACUGUCAGGUCCUAAGGUCAGUUCCCAAAUAGGUCAGCCUGCUACGUUACUGUCAGGUCCUAAGGUCAGCUCUUCAAAUAGAUUAGGCGGUUACAUUAUUGCCAGGUACUAAAUUAGCUCACUUUAUAUUACAGAAUUCCCCGAUGGACAUAAAUAGGUUAUCAAUUAAGUGGUAACUUCACAAAGCAGUUCAUUUAAUCUUAAAAAACCCGGAUGUUUGUAUGUGCCUGCUGGCUAUAAAUUUAAAUGGGCACUCUUGGUAUUAUGUGUAGGACACACCAAUAGAGGCAAUGUUCUUGAGUGGGUUACGCCCCCCCCCCCCCCCCCUCUCAUUCUUCCCCCCCCCCGUUUCGCCAAACGCCGAUUGCAUCUCCAUACUACGUUCUUUUUUUUUUUUUUUUUUUUUUUUUUUUUCUUACCCAUAUGUCAUUCUACACUCACCUGGUUACGCAAAGUGCUGAUGACAUCUGCAUGAUACGUUCUUUUUUUUUUUUUCUUUUUUAAAUGUCUUACGGAAAGGGAAGUAGUGAUUUAAUUGUCAAUGCAGAACAAGUGACCCCUGACCCCUACAAGUCGGUAUUAGGCGAAUACUUUUUCUCUUCGAUACUUUAUUACUUAAGUACAACGUUGUACCGGAUUGACGUGUCUCACAAGUUGUGUUCAAUGAAUAACAGUGGAAGGUAAGACAUUGCUUGGGCUGAAGCUUACCUUAUAUUUUGUGUGUGUGUGUGACGUCAGAUUUCAAAUUCCGAAUGCUAGUCAAUUAAGCAUGUAAAUCAGAAUGUAUAUGUAGAGCGCUCGUCUAGAAUCUCUAGGACUACACACAAGUAAUCUCUGAUUACAUAAGCUUAACAGGUCAUACACAUGCAUCACUGACACAUACACAGUUCAUUACACUAAAACACGAAUACGCGUUCGUUUAUCCCGAUUUUAUACUUAUGUUUAUGACGCAUCAAUGGACUUUGAAACUCCGCCAGGGAAGGAAGCAUCGUCCUCUAAACAAACUAAAGCACUCUACAAAACACUGCUGCUCAUGUAACGGGGCACUCUACCAUUUGGUGUACCACUGCUUCAGCGGCUGUGUUGCAGAGUCGGCAUUUAGGAUCCCUAUGUGAGUCGAGUCUUUGUGGGUAGCUUCGUGUAGGACAGUGCUUAGUUAGCAUCUAUGCAAAAAGGCUUUCUUCAUUUCCACCGGGGAUCGAUCUUACUCGGUCGCGUCGGGAGCUUUCGGGCCGCGUCUCUUCCCGUGCAACCGUUGAGCCACUUUCCGUUAAAGUGAUCUUUAAGCCAGGCUUCGACUCCCAGUUGAGUCUCUGGCCGAUCAAGGUUAGGUGUUGGACUGCAGCUUCUCGCGGAAGUGUAUCUGCUCUCUUGUCUCACCUCGUGACAUUGUACCCUCUGGAGGAUGCCCACGCUGCCAUGUGCAUAGAUGACCAUUGUUGACGUCAUCGACCUCCUUCCCACAGAUUCAAGAGCAAACUGUGAGUCGAUGAAGCUAUGGAUGACCAUUGUUGACGUCAUCAGGCUCCUUCCCACAGAUUCAAUGACCAUUGUUGACGUCAUCGAGCUGCUUCCCACAGAUUCAAUGACCAAACUUGGAGUCGAUGAAGACCGUAGUGGUCGGCAAGCUUGUUCUCCUCGGUAGGCGACGGCGCGCUUGUUUCAGGGCGACCCAGAUUACAUCGAGAUCUGCAUUGAAGUCUGUGCUAUUUUCCCCACUGGGGCCCUGAAAUUUCUUCGGGUGGAGUACCUCCGUUCCCUAGGUAAUCUAUGAAUGCGCCAUAUCCAGCUCGGUUCUCGCUUGAGAAAUAUGAGCUGUCAUUCAAAAGACUUGAAACACUUGAUCUGUGAACGCUCCUAAUCUUCUUCCGAGCUUCUUCUUUCUGAACAUCUGGAGGGCUGACCAUUGACAUCGCCACAUUUGACAGACAUACAUCUGGAGGGCUAACCAUUGACAUCGCCACAUUUGACAGACAUACAUCUGGAGGGCUGACCAUUGACAUCGCCACAUUUGACAGACAUACAUCUGGAGGGCUGACCAUUGACAUCGCCACAUUUGACAGACAUACAUCUGACCAUUGACAUCGCCACAUUUGACAGACAUACAUCUGGAGGGCUGACCAUUGACAUCGCCACAUUUGACAGACAUACAUCUGGAGGGCUGACCAUUGACAUCGCCACAUUUGACAGACAUACAUCUGGAGGGCUGACCAUUGACAACGCCACAUUUGACAGACAUACAUCUGGAGGGCUGACCAUUGACAUCGCCACAUUUGACAGACAUACAUCUGGAGGGCUGACCAUUGACAUCGCCACAUUUGACAGACAUACAUCUGGAGGGCUGACCAUUGACAUCGCCACAUUUGACAGACAUACAUCUGGAGGGCUGACCAUUGACAACGCCACAUUUGACAGACAUACAUCUGGAGGGCUGACCAUUGACAUCGCCACAUUUGACAGACAUACAUCUGGAGGGCUGACCAUUGACAUCGCCACAUUUGACAGACAUACAUCUGGAGGGCUGACCAUUGACAUCGCCACAUUUGACAGACAUACAUCUGGAGGGCUGACCAUUGACAACGCCACAUUUGACAGACAUACAUCUGGAGGGCUGACCAUUGACAUCGCCACAUUUGACAGACAUACAUCUGGAGGGCUGACCAUUGACAUCGCCACAUUUGACAGACAUACAUCUGGAGGGCUGACCAUUGACAUCGCCACAUUUGACAGACAUACAUCUGGAGGGCUGACCAUUGACAUCGCCACAUUUGACACACAUACAUCUGGAAUAUUAAAGCAUGUGCUGCUCGUCUUCAUGUUAUUUGGGUGUGUCCAAGUUUUUCUCCAAACCGUUGACCGCAUCCUCAAAGGAUUGUGUUUUUAACCUCUUCCGUUUUACCAAUCGGGUCUUGUAAUUGGAAGCAGGGUUCCGUUCCGUCUAACCUGUGGUAUCGUUUCCUCUGCGAUUAGUAUUACUUUUUUUUUCUUUGAUUCUAUGUCCACCAAGAUUUCUACAACGGCGGUGGGGGUGUUACGGAACGCCCCGCACACAAGAUGAAGAAAGGGGGGGGGGAGGAUUUGUAUGCGAUCCAAUCAUCCAUUCCUUUAAGAAUCGCGUGACUUGCAAACGCUUGGACUGGUAGGCUGCAAUCAAUUGUACGUACUUCUCACGCUCCCAAGAUAAAGACCUCUUAGGAGACUUGCAUCGGUUGCCAGUUUCUUCACUAGACCCAGUUUAGACGUGGCUUGACGCAUAUUUCACAUACGGGUCUGUAUAUGGACUUUCUGAUCCCGUUUCACCCCCAACUAGGUUGGUGUCCUAUCAAAUUUGAGUCUUUUCCCCAAAAGAUGGUUAUUUCUACUUCCUGUUUAAUGGCGUUCUUUACAGUUGUGAUGAUGGAAUUAACCGUUUUAGCCGCGUUGACCGCCAUUUUCCAUCUCGCAUAGUAGGGUUCUAACCGGGUUAUAUCCUCUAGCAGCCACCUCUGCAAUUGAUGCACACUUUUCCGCAAACUCCAUGUACUCAGAUCAUCAGCGAACAUGGACUUAUCUGAAUCCAGUUCCCCUUGUGUAUCGUUUACAUAUGCCAGUGACAAGGUGCAGCUCAAGGCCGAUCGAUCGUUGCGAGAGUAUGUCCCCGAGUACAUCCAUGUCCGAUACAGUGUCCCAUAUUCUUGUUCCGAUCAUCCGAUUCGAUCACAAUGAAUUGGGCCAGUCGUACCUGUUUGCGGUGACACCGGGUUUUAGCAUCUAAUGCACGAGGCACAUGCACCACACUUUGUCAUAGGGGUGUGGGAGGUCAGUGUAUGGUGCCACGGUUUUAGUUCUCAUCUGGUGUUCAUUGGUAAUGGUUUGCACAAAGCGGAUAACUUCGUCCGUCAGCUGGCUUCCCUUGCGGAAGCCGCCAUGUGCCAGUGGUACACUCUUGUUGUAGUUUUUCACUUUUACUAUCUCAACAGCGAGAGUACAUGUGUUGCUGUAGUUCUUCACUUCUAAGAUCUCAACAGUGAGAGUACAUGUGUUGCUGUAGUUCUUCACUUUUACUAUCUCAACAGUGAGAGUAUAUGUGUUGCUGUAGUUCCUCACUUCUACGAUAUCAACUGUGAGAUAGUUCCGAAUCCCCGUGGCAAGACCUCGAUAUCGGGUUCGUUUGCAAGGGUAUAGCGAACAACCAUUUAUAUGAAACGGCCUACCAGUACCAUGCAGCAGUGUUUCUUGGAAUUGGGCUGUUCGGUGGCGUUGUUUGGUUUUUUUCUUGCGCUUUCUGAUUUAUGCCACACCCAUUCAGUAAUAGGACCAACAGGGUUUGGGCAUGGUGACCCCGUGGGUGGGCCACCAGAGCUUGGACAUGGUGACCUCUCGCAACACAUCUAUCACGGUCAGUCACACAUUCGCCAAUACCGGCCUGUCGUUCGUCACCGACCUGAGAGAAGGCUGCCCCCCCCUCCAGCCAUGCGUGUCGGGGCAUGAUGUUUCUGAGCCACACCCACAGAAGCAAUCGCAAACGCGCGGACAUCAACAUCGACGCACGGGUUAGAUCAUCCAGACCUGGGUUAAUCGUAUCGAUCGUGCUAGCCAUCAGAAUUGAAAGAAAGGACAUAAUCUUCCAACCCCUAAGAUCUAGGAUUUGCUUCUCCUAGACCCCCUUCCCCGGGGAGUCAUUCGGUCGUGGCGAGGGUGUCGGAUCAUUAGCUUCGGCCGAGGGAUUCAGUUGCACUCAAAGCCAACUAGUCUCUCGCUGUGCGCCGUUGUCGUAUAUAAAUAUAUUUAAUGUUUCUUUUUAAUAUUUUAAGAAGGUGUCAUGCCUGGGAACCGUUUACUCGCAAUCAAAGUGGCCCGCAAACUCUUUUGGGUUGACCGCCUAUGUUUUAAGCAAUGGUCUAAGUCCGAGUUUCAUACUUUAUGAUUCCUAGCUGAGCGAAUCGUCUGUCACCGUAAAAGAAAUGGUAACAUCUUUCUACCUUAGGGAAAUCCCCCAUUCUAGCUCCAGUAGCAGACGGCAGAUCUGUGUGUGCUAUGGUGUUUUGAAACCAGGUGGGCCAUAACCGUGACAACAUUUUGUACAGGUGCAUAUCACGGUUUUUUUUUCUUGUGUCGCAAAAUAUCCGGCAGUAGCAGUACACGUUGAUCCAAACUUGAUCUCUGUCCCCAGAUGCCGUCAUUCUCCUCUUAUUGCCACUGGUUAGCGCUACCGCAAGUGAAUUUCUUGGAAAAAAACAUGGCUCCUAUUAAUUAACAAAAAAAUAAUUUGUUCUUAUUUUAUUAAGAUGUUAUUGUUUUUUUAAAAACAUAAAUCACGUUGUCCAAUCGAUUUCAAGUAGAAAUGAAUGACGGCACCGACUUUUCAACCUCACUUUGAUAAUCCAAGUUGCUUAUCGUUAAAACACACACACACACACACCGUGUUGCUAUAAAUAGUAGCUGCAUAGCUAAGGACACGGUACGUGAAUCUAACCCACUGAUGUGUCAACCCGUGUGUGUGCCGUCAUCUCAUGUUCGGAUAAAUCCGUUGUCUACAUUUCGCGGAGACCCUUCAACUUGAAGUGCUGCACCGCUUUCUAGUUUGAUGCAAGUUUCCGUUAACCCAUGUGUCCUCUCCAUGGUGUGUAACCAACCCCAUGCAACGAAGUGAAGAGAUCUAUGUUGAAUUCGGGCCUGUGUUGUGUCUACGUCUACCGUGGAGCUUAUCGUUGCGAUCACUUUAAAAAAAAAAAUCGAAUGUGUCGUCAUUUCACUGAGGGUAGUUGUAGGUAGAUAAAGUCGUGACAACAGUUUAAAGUCCUGUUGGUGAUAUCUGGUUACACUAGCCGGUGAGCUAGUGUGUGCGCGGCAUGGAGCACACGGCACGGCAUUCUCCCAUCCGUUGCCGGAUUGUUUACUGUACACACGAUGUAAGUAUUUGUGGUUUCUCUCAUUGUGGUCUCAUUGUGGUAUCUUCAUUGACAUGCGUUGAAGGCCUGUUGGGGAUUACGAAAUUCAGAAAUCAUAUUUGAAAAUCCCAUCAGAUCACUUCAAAAGCAUAGCUGAGUGUUUUUUUUCAGGGUUGUAAUCACAGUAAUUCUAUAUUGAAUCAAAGUUUUGAACACACACACAAACAAGACUAUAACAACGGGGGGGGGGGUGGAGGGGAUCUUAUCUUGACUUUCGGGCCCGGCUCAUCAAGUCUGAUAGCCAACACUGAAGAGUUUAAUGCAAAGCUCGAGGGACUUGAUUAUCUCUCUGUUGAUUUGGUUGCCCCCAACAACCGCCAGUUACUUGAAGAUGUUCAUUCUUGAAGCAUUUGUCUGCCUGGUUAUAGAACUACAGAAUCGCCACCAAAGUAUCACAUUUGACAGACUCUUUGUUUGCGGCUUUCGACGCGCUCGAUUGUUCCAAGUUUUCAUUGUAGGAUUAUAUCCAGUCAGCCUGCUGUCAUGCUGGGACCUAGCUAAUCAAACAACCAAUGCUAUCAUAAUGUACUUCAAUAUCUUUCGACCCCCCAUCACCCCACCCUUUUUUAAAUUGAAUAGAAACGUUUGACUGAACACUACGACACAUUGGGAACUAUCGAAAGUAGACUUAAACUUCUCUUUGGCGAAAGUAGAAGAAUCAUAUUUCUCUUUCGCGAAAGUAGGCAAAUUUCUGUAUGACGUAUAUAGACAUACAUUUCUCCAUGACAUAUAUAUUUUUGUCAAUACAAAAGCUUCCUUGUUUCUACCUCUCCAUUAACAUACAGUAAGUUGUAUGGGUGACUCCCGUGUGUGUACAGGUCAUUGAUGGGGGGGGGGAGGGGGGGAAUCCCAACAUUAAUUCGUAGCUAUCAAUAACUCCUUUGUUCAAUGACUAUAAAUAUCUUACUUGUUGUCCAUCUCCUUUGUGUCCCUGUCCUGACAUUUGUGUAGCGUCAGCUAAAAGUUCACCUGUUUCACCAAUGUUACCAUAGCAAUCAUUGAGUCUUGUCAUAACCGCAUGCUCACGGCAUUUUCAUGUUAAUGGAUUUCAGCAUCUGGUGGCGGGGAGAGCAAGGCAACACUCGCCUGGACGUGAGUACAUGUCGUCAUGCACGAGCUCGUGUGUGGCACGCGUGUCUUGUGGAGCACUAACUGUCCAUUACUAAACCAACCCCCUCAACAAAAAUAGCUCUAUCUUAAAUUUUGAGUGGUCAUUUUUUGUGUGUUGAUGUUUGCUUGGCAUUGGCGUGUUUAGUUUUGAUUUUAUCAUUGCCAGUUACGACCUGUUACGACCAGUUACAACCUGUUACAACCUGUUACGAUCUUUUACGACCAGUUACGAUUUGCUCUUGUGUAUUUGGCUUUCGUAUAACUUGUAACCCCGGCCACUGUGUUAAAUGUUCAUUUAAGUGAUUUUCACGCAGGCUGAACAUGCUUCAAUAAUUAUUUUUAAUUAUUAAAAAAAACAAACAUUUAUUUUCUUUAAAACUUAAAAGCAUUUAAAAAAUAUUAUUUUUUAAUGAGAGCUCUCUUUUGUUCAGAGGAGCGUUUUUUUUCAAAAAGGGUUUUGGAACAAUUAAACGUUUUUAGAAUUAUUUUUAAAAAGAAAUGUUUUGAUCUCUUAUGUGGAAAAAAACCUAGCCCUAUUGAGAAAAUGUUCUUCUGAUUCAAUUUUUAAUGGUUGACCAAGGAAUUGAUUUCAGAGUUAACACGGCUAAGAGUCUCAUUUGGUUUUUUAAAGGAGAGCUCUUUCGAUCAAUCUUCUCACCAAACCACUCUAUCGUGUCUAAAUUGAAACUACUCACUUCAAUGUUACCAUUGAACACAUCUUGAACGUGGCAAGUUUAUGUUAAACUGAUGUCGCCCAUGAGUUGAAGGAUAUAAUAUUUACUACACAUGUCAACGUGGACUUGAGACCAGUGUUUCCCAGCGUGAGUCUACUACCAAGGAAAAACAAGAGUGGGUGGGGGUAGUUUGGCGGGAGGGGGGCAAUUCAAAGAGUAUGUGGGCAAUGUCGGCACAUUUAAGUCUCUGAGAUAGGACAUGUCUUUACGUUGUUACUUUGUUCAAAGACACUUUUAAAGUUAAACCUUUGACGUUGUUUGGCAUUUCUGGCAUUACCGGCACAAAUAUUUGUGCUUCCAUCCAACAACUUUGGUGGGAAUCCGAAGUCUAGACAUCCCGCGACAUGGGCAAUUCAAUCUUCUCUGAGAACAACAUGGGCAAUUCAAUCUUCUCUGAGAACAACAUGGGCAAUUCAAUCUUCUCUGGGAACAACAUGGGCAAUUCAAUCUUCUCUGAGAACAACAUGGGCAAUUCAAUCUUCUCUGAGAACAACAUGGGCAAUUCAAUCUUCUCUGGGAACAACAUGGGCAAUUCAAUCAAGAGACUCUUGUUGUACCCCAAUUCAAUCUUCUCUGAGAACAACAUGGGCAAUUCAAUCUUCUCUGAGAACAACAUGGGCAAUUCAAUCUUCUCUGAGAACAACAUGGGCAAUUCAAUCUUCUCUGAGAACAACAUGGGCAAUUCAAUCUUCUCUGGGAACAAUUCAAUCUUCUCUGAGAACAACAUGGGCAAUUCAAUCUUCUCUGGGAACAAUUCAAUCUUCUCUGAGAACAACAUGGGAAAUUCAAUCUUCUCUGGGAACAAUUCAAUCUUCUCUGGGAACAACAUGGGCAAUUCAAUCUUCUCUGGGAACAUGGGGAAUUCAAUCUUCACUGGGAACAACAUGGGCAAUUCAAUCUUCUCUGGGAACAACAUGGGCAAUUCCAUCUUCUCUGGAAACAACCUGUGCAAUUCAAUCUUCUCUGGGAGCAACAUGUGCCCUUCUUUACAGACUUUCUUUGCUUAAUGAAUUUUAAGGGGAAAAAUACUUUAUAGUGCGUUGAUAUUCGUCUGUGACAGAAAAUCCUUCAAUUUUUUUUUUUUUUACUAAAUCGUUAUAGUUAAGCCUCAUUCAUUUCUUCGAAGAGCCGCAUAAACUCCGGUGCCGCGCACUUUCGACCACUUCACAAAGGGGCUCGUAGGACACAAAACCUUUUCAGCUGCUCAUGUGGGAUUUCGGAGGGGGAAAAAAAAGGUUGGGAAACACUGCUUCAGUCCUUAGGUGCAAAAGUUAUACCCGAUUAUUUUAGAGGCAUUGGCCUGAAAUAUUCACUCACCACAGGUUGUAAUCUGUAUCAGGCCUGCACUAUAGGCUUGCCAGCACCCACUCGGUGGCCCGCGAAGUAACGAAUUAUUCUUUAUUUUUAUUAGUUUCUUAAUAGCUUUCGCCCCUGUCUUAUUAUCUUUCGGCCCGCACAUGUUUCUCAUAAAGAGGUAUGGCCCGCAGAAGUUUUUCAUUUAGUAUUACGGCCCACCUUACAUUUUGAGUUGUGCAGUCCUGAGCUAUAUGAUAGUAUGUGCGUGUCGCCUGGCUCAAGACAAACAACAAUUGGCUCUGUAUUUACUGUAAUCAAUGUGCUGCUUUCUAACAUCACGUCAAGUAAUCAUUGUUGCUUAAUAUAUUUCUAGAUGUUCUUCUGUAGUUUUUUUUUUUGUCUUUCUAGUUGUCUGUGUGCAUUCAUUCUCUUCUGUGGAUUUAUAGAGCUUUUUUGUGGGGUUGUUUGACUAAAUUAUGCGUACAUUUUUAGGACCGUGUACGCAAUGCAUAAGGCUAAGAGGGUUGAGGGUUAGUUUAUCGUUUUCUUAUAUUGCGUUAUAUGGGGUGGGGCUGGUAGAAAGCAGUGCUGUGUAACAAUACUUUUUAUCGUUAAAAAAAAAGUAAUUCUUGUUUUUGCUUUUUAAAUAAAGAAAUUAACAUCAAUCAUUUUAAAAAAAAACAACUAAAAUUUAAUUGUUGCUUACAAUAAUUCGCAUAUUGUUUUAAAAAGUAAUUUGUAGCUUUUUGCUUUAAAUUAGCUGGUUUUGGCUUGUUUUUGGCUUAUUUUAGGACUUUAUUUUACAUGUAAUAUAAAAUUAUGAGGUCAAUAGAAAUAUUAUAUAACGCAAUUAGGAGUAAGGGGGGGGUAAAAAUACAUAUUUUUUGUGUUAUAAGGUAUGUGCACGGCCCCUUAAACUAACACAUAGAUAACAAGGUGUAACGUGUGAUUUAGAUUUGACCAUAGAGUAGGGAGACACCUUCUUGAUACACCAUUCUUAAGGUGUGGCACGUGAUGAGGGUUGUAAACAAACGUGAACAAAGUGUGCUAAAGUAACAAUAGGAGGACACAAUGGAUUAAACUGAAUGUGAAUUUUCUGUUCAUAGGGGUUGUUUAUUGUUCAAUUAUUAUUUGUGUAAACAAAGAGGUUGAUGUUUAGCCUCACCCCUUCACCUUCUGUAAUGCAUACUUACACUACCGUAAUUAAUGAGAGUCCUCAUGAGGGUCAGGGUCGAAUAUUAUAUGCGUAAUGUGAGGAGGGUCGCAGUGAAGGUGAAGCAAAAUUGAAAUGUUUGGAUCCCGUGAGAACUUUUCAAGGAAGUGGAUUUGGGGGGGGGGGGGGGUGGGUCGGGUUGUUUUUUUUUGCNUUUUUUUUAGGGGGGGGGGUGGCUUUAUGCUGCGGUUAAUUAAAGCAUGUACUGUAUUAUUUUAGCUUGAGAUAUUGGGGGCGGGGGGCACAGAGAACGAAAACAUCAGGAAUGGCCUAGGGCUUUAUUGGGUUAGGCUGUCUACAUCCACAAGUUUGCCACCCAUCACUGAUUUAAAGGAUAGAUUUGUGUGCACAUUUUGAGAGGCCAAUGAAAACCAAAAUACCCACAUGGAUUGUUUUAACUCACAAGGCCGUUAGACCCAACAAUUGAAGACUUUGAUCACUGCUGCUUACAUUCAUGUAUAGUCAUAAGAAAUAUAUAUAUGCCCUACACUUUGAGCAUUUCAGCAACCACUUCCAUUUGAUAGUUCCUAGUUAGAGUAGGUUUGUCGGCUCUACAAAAUACAGAUAUUUCAGAUGUUAGUGGCUCUACAUGGUACAUAUAUUUCAGUUGUUAGAGGCUGUACAAAGUACUUAUAUUUCAGUUAGUGGCUCUCCGUGGUACAUAUAUUUCAGUAGUUAGUGGCUCUACGCGGUACAGAUAUUUCAGUUGUUAGUUGCUCUACGCGGUACAUAUGGUUGAGUUGUUAGUGGCUCUACGCAGUACAGAUAGUUCAGUUGUUAGUGGCUCUACGCGAUACAUAUAGUUUAGUUGUUAGUUGCUCUACGCGAUACAUACAGUUGUUAGUGGCUCUACGCGGUACAGAUAUUUCACUUGUUAGUGGCUCUAUGCGGUAGAUGUAGUUCAGUUGUUAGUGGCUCUACAGAAAGGUGUACAUACACUUUAUACAAAUAACGGCAUGGGCGCCAUUGGAUAUGUCUGAUGUACUAUUUUAUCCACAGGGGCUACUGCCCCCCCCUUUUUUUUUCCUUCCAUUUAUUUUAUAAUUAGUAAUUAGUUUGUUCGUCCUUUGGAGCUAUCAUGACCUCUGUUUAAGUAAUUUAAGAGUGUAUGGGCCUGAAGGCGUGUUUACGUGGCCUCCCUUGUAACAAUGAAUUUGUAACAAUGAGUUUGUAACAAUGAGUUUGUAACAAUGAGUUUGUAACAAUGAGUUUGUAACAAUGAGUUUGUAACAAUGAGUUUGUAACAAUGAGUUUGUAACAAUGAGUUUGUAACAAUGAGUUUGUAACAAUGAGCGAUUGUACAGGUAAGAACUCUUCACUGUACCACUAUUAUACACUUAUGCACACUUCACUGUACCACUGUUCCAAUGUACACAUUAGUACACUUUGCUGUACCACUGCUAUUGUACACAUAAGUACACUUCGCUGUACCACUGUUUCAUUGUAUACAUAAGUACACUUCGCUGUACCACUGAGCUAUUGUACUGAUAAGUGCACUUUGCUGUACCACUGUUCUAUCGUACACAUAAGUACACUUUGCUGUACCACUGUUCUAUUGUACUGAUAAGUGCACUUUGCUGUACCACUGUUCUAUCGUACACAUAAGUACACUUCGCUGUAAGUUGGCGGUUUCUCAUCUAGACAGCGGUUUUUUCCCUAUCUAGUGGAGCGGAAAAUGAUGUAUACGUUUGAUUGGCCGUAGAACAUAUGUUGUUGUAAGAGGACAGUGUGCCAGGAUAAUGGGCUUCAGCAAAAGGGUGGAGAUCAUCGUAUCUGCAAUGACGUCUCAUUGAAGUCAACAGUCUUCCCCGUCACUGUUUAAAAUAGAAUAGCGGGAUAAUCCAUAUUGUGUACGUAUUACAGUGUUUGCUAUUAACCAGAUGGAAUAGGAGAGUUUGUUUUUUACAAAAUCAUCCUACGUCACAAUGAUUCCGAUGAUUCGUUCAAUAUCCUGUUCCCUUAGACGUCUCGGGAGACAGCAAAUCCUGCUUGUAAUACUCAUGUCUGAGACCAACCACUCAGCUACAGGACGCUCAAGUCCUCAUUAAAAGGGGCAGAGGAGUGACGGGUCAGAACAGAAUCCGUGUGUGGGUAGUGGGCAUGUGACACUUCAAGUCUCCUUAAUGGGAGAAGACUGCUUUCAAAAGAGCGCACUCCAUAUGAAUUCUUUCUGUGUCCCUCCACACUUUAAGGUUCUGUAAGGAUACAUGUUUAGAAAUCAGUUUUUUUUAAGAUGUUCAUGUGCAGAGCCUUCUAUACUGGACAUUGCUGGCAUUCCCGAUAGGGGAUAGGAAUAAAACGAUCUGAGUCCUAGUAGGGCUAAAAUAUACUGCUGACAUCGCGAGAAUAUUAUAUCUGGUUUUAAAUAAGAUCAUUGUUAUAUCAACUUCGCUUUUGUUCGGGGGGGGGGGGCUGCUGGGUGGCAAAAUCUUCAGACGGCUAAUUGACCAACUUCCCGUCAAUCUAUUGAGCUGAAACUUGGCACAUGAGCUCGUUGUCGAUGAGAUUACAUUUAAAUUUUUAGCCCCAGCCCCCAACUCCAACCCCCAAAAAUCAGUUUUUCUUUUUUUUUCUUCUUUUUUUACAGUGGAAUUUUCGAUAACUGCGCAAAAUGAGAUUUUUUUUUUUUUAAAAAACACACCCCAAUUGCGUUUGGUGCGUAAUAUUUUCUUUUUUUUUUCUGAAAUAGUUGGUGAAAUUAAUCUGUGGUGUAAAAGUGGGUGGGACAUUAGAAGAUCAAUAGAGUUCAUGGACGUGAACAAAAUGUGCAGUUGCGAGCCUUGGUUGGGGGGGGGGGGCAUUAAUUGUAAUUCUUUAUGAAGUGCGUUAAGUGUAUGCAUGUCCUAAAAUAAUGAGUUAAAAGUUUCUUCUUAUUAGAUUCUUCUGUGUAUGAUAAGAUGUAAUAUUCUAUAUCUUCUAUAUAUGAUAAAAUAAAAUAUUCUAUAUCUUAUACUUAUGAUGAAAUGAAUGAAAAAAAAAAAGACAUAACUAGAUUCCCUCUUAUCAACAUAAAAAUCUACUUAAUCCACUCUGACAUUGAACCUGGUGAAAAGUCCCUCUGACCCCAGUUGUUAAAACGCUUCCUAUACAACAAACUCCGGAAUUCGGCUGUCACGGUUAAACCUCGUGUCAACUUUCCAGGUCCUCGGUGACAUACUGUCACAUACUUCGUGUAAUGAGAGGAUUAUAACGGGGAACACAACAGCUUCUCAUUAUUUUCACAAAGUGAAAUUGUCAGGAAAAAAAAUCUGUGUUUAUUAUUUGUGUGUGUACUUUAUCAACGCCCACGCUGUCUCACUGGUAAACUAAUUGGGGUAUCAAAUUAUCAGAGCUUGGAUUGAUGAUGACCCCCCCCCCCCUUUUUUUUUCUCUCCUUUCUUCCCGUCUGACGAGAAACGUUUGUUUCUGACUGUCACAUACGUUCAUGCGUCGUAAUCCGAUUUAAGACGGAGCGUAAGUCCUAUUCGAAGCACAACGUAAACUUUAAACCAGUCAUCUGUUAUCUGGUCGCCCAAUAAUUCAAAUACAUAGCGGCAGUUCCCUAGAGCAGCGUAUCCUAACGUGUGUGUCGCGACCCCCUUGGGGGUCGAACGCACCUUACACAGGGGUCGCCUAAGACCAUCGGAAAACUAAGACCAUCGGAAAACACAUAUUUAUGAAGUAGCAACGAAAAUAAUUUUAUGGUCGGGGGUCACCAAACAUGAUGAACUCUAUUUAAGUGUCGCGGCAUUAGGAAGGUUGAGAACCACUGCCCUAGAGGAACGCAAAUGCAACCUACUCACUCAAUGCUUAGAUAGCAGCCGUCAAACGAAUAGCACGUACUCAAAGUCUCUGACGCUGCUACAUCACAGAUGAGUGAACUCACGUCACGUGUACGUCACAGGCCUCACCGCGCCAAGAAACUAACGCUCAUGACACACGCGCACAAGACAGCACAGCAUUCGGUGCGCAACAAUGGCUAGUCAAUAUCCAUGCCCGACACCCAUUACCAGCAUUGCUGUGCUGAUAGAAAGUAAAACCCUCUUGACUUUUUUUUGGAAUCCUUUAUAUUAAUUUUGCUUUUGUUUGCGGCUGGCUGACAGAAUCUUUGGACGGCUAACUGACCGGAUCCCCCAAACCCCCCCCCCCAACCUGUCACGUUAAAACUUUUGAUUGCAUAGUGUCAUUACCGACGGCAACUUGUUUUUUAUCAAAUGUUCGGCGGCUCAAGUUCAUUGGGUGCGUGCAAUACCUUCUUCUUGAGCUAACUGACCGGAUCCCCCCUACCCCCCCCCCCCAACCUGUCACGUUAAAACUUUUGAUUGCAUAGUGUCAUUACCGACGGCAACUUGUUUUUUAUCAAAUGUUCGGCGGCUCAAGUUCAUUGGGUGCGUGCAAUACCUUCUUCUUGGUUUUCUGAAAUAGUUGGUUAAAUAAAUCGGCGGUGUAAAAGCUUCCAGGUGUAAAAGCUUCCAGGUGUAAAAGCUUCCAGGUGUAAAAGCUUCCGAGUCAUUAGAAUAUUACUAGAGUUCAGGGAUGUGAAGAAAAAAUGGUGCCGUUGGGAGCCUUGGGGGUGGGAGCACUAAAUCGGAUUCUUAUAAAAUGCAUUACUAGCAGGCAUGUUUUGUCAAGUUUUACCCCCCCCCCCCUUUCCCCCGCCCAUUGCUGGAUAUUCCUAGACUGUGCUCUAGUCCUCUCUCGUCUUGACCAUUGUAAGUCUCUUCUAUCAGGUUCACCAAAAACACUUCUUAGAAAAAUUACAAAAGGUUUAAAACUCAGCUGCUAGGCUACUUCUAAAGACAAAAAAAACGUGAUCACGUCACACCACUACUUCAUUCACUUCAUUGGCUCCUUGUACAAGCACGGAUUGACUACAAACUCUCUGUUCUAUGCCACAACGUUUUCUCGAAUUCCUCCCCUUCCUAUCUAACCGAACUUCUCUCUGUCUAUUCACCCCUUCGACAGCUUCGCUCCUCCGCAGACGCGCGUAUUAUUUCUGUCCCCAAGACUCUCACAAAAACAUACGGUGAACGAUCGUUCUCUUUCUGUGCCCCCAAACAAUGGAAUUCUCUUCCAUUACGCAUCCGCAAUAUACCGACCAUCACAGCCUUCAAAACUGCUCUCAAAACACAUCUUUUUAAUCUCUACCAUCCUGACAGAUUCCCACCUCUGACCGAAAAACGAUGCUGCUGGGUGUCGUCCAUGGCUUGACAUGGGAAAUAGUUUUAAAUAUACAUUUGUUUUGUUUGAUUUAAUUAAUCUAUGUUAAUUAAUUUAAUUUUUUAAGUUUUUGAUUGUUUGUUAAAUUGUAUGUACAGCGUGGUGAGCUCAGCCCUAGGCAUGGGUAGAUGCUAUAUAAAACCACUUAUAAUGAUAAUAUUACAGGCACGCAUUGAUUACAAGCUGUCUGUUCCGUCACAGCUUUUUGUCUUGUUCCUGCCCUUCUUAUCUUACCGAAAUUCUUUCUGUCUAUUCACCCCUUUGACAGUUCGACAGCUAUGUUCCUUCACGGACACGCAUAUUCUUUCUGCUCCAAAGACACGCAUUAAAACAUACGAUAAACUAUCUUUCUCUUUCUGCGCCCCUAAACAAUGGAAUUCUUUCCCAUUACACAUUAGCAAUAUACCGAUCGAAAUGGUGCCAUUUCCAUUUGUUACCUGAACAUAGACAAUUAUGAUGAAAUUUGGUUUUGAAAUAGGCCAUUAUUGUAUUUAAGUUUUUUUCUAAGAGCGUUUCAUAGCUGCUACUUCAUUUACUAAAAGUCAAUUGCAGUUUUUACAUUUUGCCCUUAUCUUAAUUCAUGUUUGAACUUGAUUGAUUGCAUCAUUGCAUCAUAUUUGAUGCAGAGAAAUGGAAUGUUCAUUUGUUCUGUGGUUAAGUAAAGAGAUAUUUUUUGUCUUGUUUAUAAUUUUGGAGAAAUUUAUAUUUUAUUGAAAAAAAAACAUAGAAGUCUGAUCCAAGAAAUUUGAUUGAGGAAAAUAUGAAUUCUAUCAUUAUAGAAAUAUUGAAAUCUCUUCCAAUAUAACACUUAAACUAGAAUAAAUGUUUAAAGUUAACUAUAAAUAAUGCUGCUACAAGCUGCUAAAAGUUUCAGUUUCCAUUGAUGUUAGUCAAGUAGUUUCAGCUAGCUCCUGUUGAGUCGGAGAACUCAACUUUGUCCACUUGCACUUUAUUAUCACAUAGAUAAGAUCAAUGUUUGCAGUGUCUUCUAUUGCAAAGACUGAAACAAUUAACAGAACAUUCUUUAAAUUGCAUUGGAAACAAGAGAACAACAAGGUUUUUAUUUUAGUUUAUUUUUUUAAAUUUUUAACUUCUAAAAAAAACCAAAUUUUAAAGCAUAAACUUUUACCUCCUCAGGGUCACAUGGCGGGGAAGUUGAUCCAGCUGAAGAUGAGUCGUUUAUGGAGGACAUGGUGGUCAUUGAGCGGCCCAUCUACUCACAGAAGGAUUUUGAUCAGGUCAGAGAUAUUCCAUGCAUUGACAACAGCAUUGCUUUAAUUUUAACUGUUACAUGUUUGGGUAAUUUACAGUAUGUUCAGGUCAUAUUCAUUUCUAAGAUUUAAAAAAUGUGCAAUGGAAGUCAAUCACCAAGUGGAUCUCACCUCAUAUUAAUUUUUUUUUUAGAGUUAUUACUUAUAAUAGUAGACAUUAAUAUUUUAUAAAUUAUUACUUAUAGUUGUAGAGAUUGAAGAGAUCCCAUUGGAAAGACCUAAAAAUGACACUUGUCACAUUUUGUUGCAUCAUAUCCUGGGUAUAGGGCGAUGUGAGAGUUUCAUUAACACUGUCACACAACAUCACACAUGCGCACACACAAACUUCAUUUGAUGAUUGGGAUUUAAAAUUAAUACUAAUGAGCAUUUAAUAGUGCAGAAUUCCUUAAAUUUUGGAAUAAAAUAAAUCACUUACCGGGUAAAUAAAUUAUGUACCGGUAAAUAAAUUAUGUACCGGGUAAAUAAAUCAUGUACUGGGUAAAAAAUCAUGUUCCGGGUAAAUAAAUUAUGUACCGGGUAAAUAAAUCAUGUACCGGGUAAAUAAAUCAUGUACCGGGUAAAUAAAUUACGUACUGGGUAAAUAAAUUACGUACCAGUAAAAUAAAUUACGUACAGAGUAAAUAAAUUGCGUACCGGUAACAUUUUAACUAUGAUUGUUGUUGACGCAGGGGUUUGAAGGUGGUCAACGUCCCAAACGUACAGCUUGUACGUGGAUCAAAUCAAAGGCCAGGAAAUGUGAAUUCUCCUUGGCUUGUGUUCGCAAGACGAUUGCACACCAUCUGCCAUUCUUGUCAAUAAUGAGGGAGUACAAUCUGAGGACAGACUUAAUUGCUGAUGUUAUUGCUGGACUCACUGUUGGGAUCAUGCACAUACCCCAGGGUAGGACAAAUUUUUUACAGAUAUCUUAGAAAGUAAUCUUUGGACAUACUUCAGGGUAGGACAAUUUUUCAUAUAUAACAGAAAGUAAUCUUUGGACAUACCACAGGGUAGUACAAUUUUUCAGAUAUCAUAGAGGAAUUUGUAUAUAUGAAAUUUACAGGGUUACACAAAUUAUAGUUUUCUUUAAUAAUGUAUGCUUCUUAAAUAUUCCUGGAUAUAGAUAUAUUACUUUCUGAGAGAAUUUUUCUAGAAAUACAUUUCAUAUAACAUAUUUUUCUUUUUUAUAAUCAACCAAUGAAACAAACAGCUUAUUUCAUAUUUGUAAAAUGGCAGCAUUGAUGACUAAACUGAAGUCUGACUUGAUUCAAAAUUUCAAUCACUUAUGUUGUUGUUUACUUUUGGUUUCUUUCAAUUGUUACAGGACUGAGAUUUCUGCGUGUUAAUAUUAUAUUUCAACUGAUAAAUAGACAUUGAAUUUUAAAAAAAAAACUCAUUGCAAAAUCUAUUCUUUUUUAAAAUUUAUUUGUUUACAGGCAUGGCCUAUGGUCAGUUGUCUACCUUGCCCCCAGUGUUUGGGCUGUAUGUGUCCUUCUUUCCUGUUAUCCUUUACUUCUUCCUGGGCUCAUCCAAACAUGUAUCCAUCGGUAAGUCUUUCAUUUAUUGUUGUGUUAUAUAUUACUUUAUCAUGUAUCCGUGGGUAGGUAUUUCAUUUAAUGUAGUGUUUUAUAUAUAUAUAUAUUAUUACUUUACUAUGUAUCCAUAGUUAGGUAUUUCAUUUAUUGUAGUGUUAAAUAUAUGUAUAUUACCUUACCAUGUAUCCAUAGGUAGGUAUUUCAUUUAUUGUUGUGUUAUAUAUAUAUAUAUAUAUUACAUUACCGCUGGAUAAAAGGCUUGUACAAUUUAAAUUUUAUUAAAUAUCAUUUUGUCAUUUGUAUUAUCACAGUGAAAACAAUGUCAGAUUCAAGAAACGAACAACUGUCUUAACUACAUUUAAUUCCAGAAUUAAGCUCCUAUUGACCAGUCUGUCAUUGAAUAAUUUAAUAACACAGUUAUCCAUUUGUCUGCUUCUGUACAGGUACAUUCGCUGUCAUCUCCCUCAUGGUGGGCUCUGCUGUUGACAAAGGUUUAAAGGACCGUAACAUGGUUCCGAACCAAUGGAACCAAACGUUGGAAGUGGACGGGAAUAUCACCAGCAAAAUGAUGGACAACUCGGAAGAGCUUCUCCAAACCAAACUUAUGCUGGCCAUGUCUGUGACAUUUGUUGUUGGGGCUAUACAGGUACAUUUUUGUGGUAACGAGAUUUUACUUCAGACCUGUUUACUCUUACGAUUUUGCAUACAAUGCACAACUUUUUAGAAUUUUUUUUUUUACGGUUGCAUGCCAACCCCCGUCUGAACUGCAAUUUUACGAGACAGGUUUGAAAAAAUAUAUUCCGAUAGAUUUUACAAUUUAGAAAAAAGAACAAGACCAUUUCGGUUAUUAGUUUUAGCUCUUUUUUGCAUGAGGUUAUGAAUGAGCUGAUUAAUACCAUUGGUUGGGGACCAUCCAUAUGGGGACCAUCCAUAUUUAAUUUACACAGGCACUGAGAGGGGGAAAAAAGGGGGGGGGGUGUGGGGGGUUGACUUGGAAGCGAGUUUAAGGGUGUGCAAGGGAGGAGGUUGGGGAAGGUGGCUAAAUAUUUUGAAGGCUAUGAAAUUACACCGCCUUGUGAUAAUGAUCAUAUUGUUGCUUUGUAUUUUCACAAUGAACUCACUAGAUAGGGCACCAGUAAUAUUAGCAUAGGACAUUCGCUUGUUUCACUUCUGUGCUGUAUGAAAUGUAUGAUGCAAAUUUUGCAACCUAAUUGUUGCAGUAAUUGUGAAAAAUGUGAAUUGUGAAAAUGAAAAAAAAGCCUUUUGAUUUAAAAAAAAAUUAAAUUCAUUUUCAACAGCCCUGCACAGCUGCUUUAGAUUUUGAUCUAUUUUAUAGGAUCUAGUUAGCAGCAUUUGAAAUCUAUUUAUGGAAGUCACCAAGCAGCCUUACAAUUUUAAUACCCCAGUUUUGUUCCAGCAUUUCUCCUCUGCUCUACCAACACAUCUUGCGGUAGUGAUUAGAAUAUAAAAUGUUGACAGAAAAUAAAAUCGGGCUUAAUGCAAGGUUUGCUAACCCUGUGCCCGGAUGCGGCCUGAUGCAUUCAAUAUUGUGAUCCCCCAUGUUAAAUAUAUUGCCUGGUGGGUGUAUAACAAAUGUGCCAAUUUCUUGUUUGAGUUAGCGAUUAUUUUCAUUCUUCGCGUAAACGCUCAUUUGAAAUAUGUAUACAUCACUUGUUUGUGACGACGGGCCACUUUGAUGUACCUUUUGCCUCGUUGAAACUGAUUAAAAAAAUUGGUUGCAAUAAGUAAUAAAUUAUAAAGCAAUUUUAAUAUUUAGUAACUGAUAAAAAUAAGGGAUUUGUAGACUUGGUGUAAGAUUUUGUUUGUUUUUAUAACUAAUUAAUUGGUAGUUAGUGAUGACACUGAGCAGAUUGAUAGGCUAGUUGAGACACAAUAAAUAUGACACUAUAUAAAACUAUCAUCAUUUCUUUUCAUACUGUUUCCUCCUCCUCUACAGCUGCUGCUGGGAUUCUUUGGACUUGGAUUUCUGACCGUUUAUUUGUCUGACCCUCUGAUCAGUGGAUUCACAACUGGUGCUGCCGUCCAUGUAUUCACGAGUCAGAUAAAACAUAUUUUUGGUAUCCCAACAGGGCGAUACAGUGGGGCAUUUAAACUGAUCUAUGUAAGUACCACACUCCAUUACUUUAUUGUGGUAUAUAAAUGACCAAAGUAAAAAAGAUGCUGAUUUGUGAACUGCUGUUUGCUGAUGAUGCGCCUUAACAUCUCACACAGAAGAAGGUCUGCAAGGGCUGGUUAAUCGUCUAUCACCUGCUUGUAAAGAGUUUGGAUUUUUUAUUAGUUUACAGAAAAUACAUGUAAUGAUGCAUGAAGCACCGUCCCCUCCAAUCUUAUCUAUUGAGGGUCAUAAUCUUUCGGUUGUUGAGCAUUUCACAUACCUUGGAUCCAAUAUUUCUAGUUCUCUCUCCAUUGAUGAAGAGAUAAAUAUCAGGAUCGCAAAAGCAGCAGCAACUAUGGCUAAACUGAAUAAGCGGGUGUGGAAUAAUCUCAAUCUAACUGAUAAAACAAAAAUAAAUGUCUAUCAGGCAUGUGUGCUUAGUAUGCUCCUAUAUGGUAGUGAAGUGUGGACCACGCAUACCAGUCAGGAGCGGAAACUCAACAGCUUCCAUCAAAAAUGUCUGCAUCGCAUUCUACGCAUUCGUUGGCAGGACAAGGUGCCUAACGCGGAGGUCUUAGAACAUGCACACAUGUUUAGCAUAUUCUCCUUUCUUAUCAAGAGGCGCAUUCGCUGGUUAGGUCAUGUACGGAGAAUGGACGAAGACCGUAUCCCAAAGAUACUGCUGUAUGGAGAGUUGGCAGAGGGGACAAGACAUAUUGGACGGCCACGCCUGAGAUUUAUGGACGUUUGCAAAAGGACCAUGAGGGAAGCCAAUAUUGACAACAACGAAUGGGAGCACAUUGCCGAACAACGUUCCAUCUGGCAAACAGCAGUGUAUGAAGGUGUAACAAAAGGCAGAAGAUACGCGGAUCAAUGCCCUUGCAACAAAAAGAACAAUACGGAAGACAAAAUCUUACCGGGAAUCAAUAUUCUCUUGCGAGAGAUGCGGUCGAGAUUGUCACUCUAGAAUUGGCCUAGUGAGCCACUCGUCGAAAUGUAGGACUACAUAGCUACUCCAUCGUCUAACGGAGACGGAAGGAUGCCAUAAUAAUAAAUGAACGGCUACAGACAGGGAUCUCAAUGUUUUGUGUUUUUACCAUUGGUGAACAUAGAUAUCUAUUAUAGGUGUACACAUCUCGAUGUCUUGUGUUUUUUGUAGGUAAACAUAGAUAUCUAUUUUAGGUGUACACAUCUCGAUGUCUUAUGUUUUUACUGUAGGUGAACAUAGAUAUCUAUUGUAGGUGUACACAUAUCUCGAUGUCUUGUGAUUUUACCCUAGGUGAACAUAGAUAUCAAUUGUAGGUGUACACAUAUCUCAAUGUCUUGUUAUUUUACUGUAGGUGAACAUAGAUAUCUAUUGUAGGUGUACACAUAUCUCGAUGUCUUGUGAUUUUACCCUAGGUGAACAUAGAUAUCAAUUGUAGGUGUACACAUAUCUCAAUGUCUUGUGUUUUUACUGUAGGUGAACAUAGAUAUCUAUUGUAGGUGUACACAUAUCUCGAUGUCUUGUGAUUUUACCCUAGGUGAACAUAGAUAUCAAUUGUAGGUGUACACAUAUCUCGAUGACUUGUGUUUUUACCCUAGGUGAACAUAGAUAUCUAUUGUAGGUGUACACAUAUCUCAAUGUCUUGUGUUUUUACUGUAGGUGAACAUAGAUAUCUAUUGUAGGUGUACACAUAUCUCGAUGUCUUGUGUUUUUACCCUAGGUGAACAUAGAUAUCUAUUGUAGGUGUACACAUAUCUCGAUGUCUUGUGUUUCUACCCUAGGUGUACCGAGACAUCUUCAUCAACCUCCCCCAAACCAAGCCUGUCACAUUCAUCGCCUCCAUUGUCUGCAUGGUGCUGCUGGUUGUGGUCAAAGAAUACAUCAACGCCAAUCCAAAGAUCAAGCCCAGACUUCUGAUGCCCAUCCCCAUGGAAUUAAUUGUGGUCAGUCUCAUUUUUAGUGGUAGAGUUUUAUGAAUUAUUAAUAGAUAAAAUCUAUCUCAAUGAAUUCUAUUAACGAUGUGAUGACAUUAAUGUACAAAAUUGUAGACUUUAAACCUUGCAUGUAAAGAUUAGAUUUUUAGCUAGUGUCAUAAUAUUUUUUUUAACCCUUUCAUUACCGCUGGUUUCGGCAUCGAUUUUGGCUGAUUCAGCAAUGAAAAACUUGAAAAAGAAACUUCUGUAUUUUUCGUUCUCUGUCCGAUUCGCUUAUUAACUUCCCUAUAGAUUAACCAAUAAAGAAAUAUACAGCAUUGAAAUAUGAUGUUGAUGUGACGUCCUUGGUAUUUGGAAGUGGGUGAUCGUGACGUCGCCUCGACGUUAUCGGUAACGGAAGGGUUAAAAAUUCUUGUGUAAGAAAAGAAAGAAUGCACUAAUCCUACCAGAGAUCGGUCAGACCUUGUGAUGUAACGAAAAAUUCUUUAGAAAUGAUUUUCAAAACUGAUUCUUACAAACAAUACUCGCACUCUGUUCCUAGUACAAGACAAACUUGACGCACAUUUGGGGAGCUGCAGUUAGUAAACUACUUUCAAUAAGUCUGCUAUUCAAUAAUGCUUAGACGGACAGUAAAAUCAUUAUUUUGACACAUCAAAUAUCAACUCAAAUGUUUUCUUCAUUUUUACAAGAAAUGUUACAGAAGUUUCCAAAAAUUAAAAUUGGUCAGAUUCCCCUCUAUUUCCCCUACCCCUUCUCAGCACCCCAUUCUGUAACCAUUUCCUCUUUUGUUCUAGGUUGUCCUGGGUACUGUGAUAUCUUACUUUGUUAAGCUAGAGGAAACCUAUGGUGUGAAGGUUGUAGGUGAUAUCCCCAUAGGGUAAGAAAUUAAAGCAAUAUUAAAUGACCUUACAUUUUGUCGGAAAAUUUUAGCAUGAACUAUCUGGACAGUUUUAGGAAUGUAACAAAUUUUUAAAAAAAAGAAAGGGCUGAUUAGAUCCGUCUGAGUAGAGCCAUUUUCUUGGAGACAAAUUAUUAAAUGGAAGACAAUUUUUACAAACUAUUUUUUUUCAAUUUAAAUUAAUAACAAUAUGAUAUGAUUAAGUUUUUUUAAAAUUAUGUUUAUAUCAUGUUUUUUUCAUGUUUAUAUCAUGUUUAUAUCAUGAUCAUGUUUAUAUCAUGUUUAUAUUAUGCAUAGGAGCCAAAAUGAUCAAUAAAUUGAUCGUGGGCCCUUAAGAUAUAGAAGAAGAAGAUGUUUAAAUCAUGUUUAAAUCAUGUUUAAAUCAUGUUUAUAUCAUUUUAUAUCAUGUUUAUAACAUGUUUAUGUCAUGUUAUAUCAUGUUUAUAUCAUGAUAAUAUCAUGUUUAUGUCACAUUUAUAUCAUGUUUAUGUCACAUUUAUAUCAUGUUUAUAUCAUGUUUAUAUCAUGUUUAUAUCAUGUUUAUAUCAUGUUCUAAAAGGUAAAUCUUAAUUCCACACAUUGGAUGUCUCUAGUAUUCCAGCCCCCACCUUGGAUGCUUUCCCUUACAUAACUGAAGUGAUUGCUGAUGCAAUAGCCAUUGCCAUUGUCUCAUUCGCCAUAUCUGUAUCAAUGGCCAAGAUUUUUGCCAAGAAACACGAUUACACUGUUGACUCUAACCAGGUCAGUGCUGUGUCUGAUUUCAUAAAGAUGUAGAUCAAAGCUUUACCUCACAGAGCAUUCGUAAUUUAAAAUUGUGUUUCUCUAUGCUUACAUUUAUUCCCAUUCUGUUGAAGUUUUGGGGAUUAAAAGUUAGCGAGGAAAAUUAGAAUUUGUAAAGGAAAGCUUUUUAAAGCUCUUUUCUGCACAUAUUAAAUCUGUAUUUAUAGUUAAAAAUAUGUUAUUGUGAAAAUUAAAUUGUCUCUUUUAUGUUCAUUUAAAAACUAAAUUGAUUCUCAAUCAAGCGAAAGAUAAUGAGUGUUUUGAGAACCUUUGUACUUUUGAAAUAUAUUUUGAAAUGCCGUUUGAAUAUUUGGACAAGUGAAGAAAUGAAAACAGAAAAAUAUUAUUAUUGAGAUCAAUGAAAUAUUUCCAGAUAUCUAUUUUUGUGUGUUGUAAAUUUCAUUCCUUUAGGAACUGUUGGCCUACGGAGCCUGCAAUGUUAUGUCCUCCUUUUUCUCCUCUUUUGUGUCUGCUGUCUCACUGUCCAGGAGUUUGGUGCAAGAAGAUGUAGGGGGCAAAACUCAGGUCAGUUUAAAAUUUAGAGUAAAAGCCCCUAAAACUUAUUCCACCAUUUAUCUCAAUCUACCCGGCACGGAUGGCAGCAUAGCAAAGUAUUAUUCAGCAUUGUCUCUUAUUAGUUUGUAUAGGCCUCUGCAAACAUUUUUGACAGCCUUACUUCACCCUUAUGCUCUGCACUGUAACUUGACUCAAACCCAUUGCGUAUUCUUUUUUUUAUCAGUAAUGGUUAUCCAUUUUAUAAGUGUGUUUAAAUAUGUGUGCUUUACUAUGGAUUGGUUCCCUCAAAGAAUACAAAAUCUGGUUAGUUAAUUGUUCCCUAAACAUGAGGCAAGUCUAAUUUUGAAUUGUUAAAAAGUAAGAUUUUUAAUAAUGCACUAUUUAACAUGCAAAAUGGGGGCUCAAGUAAUUAUAUCCUGUACAGUUGGAAUAAAAAUCUUUCAGUCACAUCAACAUGUAUUUUAACAUACACUGCUAUUUUACACAGAAAAUAUUUAAAAUCUGGGUUGGAGUAAAUUUGCAUGUAAUACUUUUUAGGUGACAGGACUGGUCUCCAGUGCUUUGCUAUUAAUUGUGCUUCUUGUGGUUGGUCCUUACUUCAGGACGUUGCCAGAUGUAAGUUACGCUAAACAAUUAAAUAAGGUGGAUUUUAGUAUUUUCUUAAUUAGUUGAUAUUCAGAAGCAAUGUUUUUCACAUUCAAAUUUUUUUAAAAAUCUGCAAAGCUAGUCUUUUAUCAGUAUACUGCCCUAAGUAAACAAUGUAUUUGUAAUUAUAAUAUUAUUUACUAAAGACAGUGGAGUUAAAGUAAUUUAGAUUUAAAUUAACGCCAUGUCUUUUACCAUUUCCUACAUGAGACUUGUUACCAUAUCCUACAUGAGACUUGUUACCAUAUCCUACAUGAGACUUGUUACCAUUUCCUACAUGAGACUUGUUACCAUAUCCUACAUGAGACUUGUUACCAUUUCCUAUAUGAGACUUGGUGGUUCUUAAAGCUUAAAUUUGCGAGGCUAGAAACUCAGCUCCUAAUUUUCUCCCUUUUCAACAGUGUGUUUUGGCAGCCAUCAUCCUGGUGGCUCUGAAAGGAAUGUUCAAACAGUUUGGGGAUCUGAAGACACUGUGGGGCAUAUCACUGAUUGACUUUGUGAGUGUAGUGUAAUGCUUUAACUCUGAAUCAAUUCAUAUCACUGAUUGACUUUGUGAGUGUAGUGUUAUGGUUUAACUAUAAAUCGAUUCCUAAAAUUAUUGAAAUCUAUUUUACACAAUUGUUAAAUAUUUGGGGAAACAACUCUUUUACAUUUUGGAGGCUAUGCGUGUUAGCCAACCUGCGGGAUCAAAGGCUGUACAAAAAAUCCAACAAAUAACUUUUCCAAAAAAAAAGUCCCCCAAAAAUGUACAACAGCAUGAAAAAAAUGUGCAGAACAAAAAGAAGAAUUUAAAAAAGUUGCAUUUGAUCAAACUUGUUUAUUUCAUAAUAAAUGUUUUGAAUGCAUGCAAACUUUGCCAUCUUGAUAAUUUCUGUAUUGGUUUGAAAAACCAAAUGAGGGUGUUUGUUAAUUUUAGACUGUGAUUGCAAUGAAAUUUGCAAAUAAGACCUCAGCCCUUGUAACUUUAUCUGUGGCCCUAUGGUACAUGAUGAGGCGGAGAAAAGAGGAUUUAAUAUUUAGAAUCUCCCUUCUUUGAUCUCCCUUUAUCGCCUCAAAGUCAAUGUGUGCAACUUUCUUUAAAAAUGUGCUCCAACGUCAUCAUAGCCUGAAGGAAGCACUCGAAUGUCAUAAUGUCUGAAGCAAGUACGCGAAUGUCAUAAUAGCCUGUAGCAAGCUUUUGAAUGUCAUAAUAACCUGAAGCAAGCACUCGAAUGUAAUAAUAGCCUGAAGCAAGCACUCGAAUGUCAUAAUAGCCUAAAGCAAGCUCUCGAAUGUCAUAAUAGCCUGAAGCAAGCAUUCGAAUGUCAUAAUAGCCUGAAGCAAGCACUCGAAUGUCAUAAUAGCCUGAAGCAAGCACUCGAAUGUCAUAAUAGCCUGAAGCAAGCACUCGAAUGUCAUAAUAGCCUGAAGCAAGCACUCGAAUAUCAUAAUAGCCUCAAGCAAGCACUUAAUGUCCCAUUUAAAAAAUGCAGGGUUAGAUCCGAUUAAAGAAGCAUCGAUUAAUGCCAGGGUAAUCGGUCACCCGCUCAGAGGGAGAAAAUUCCCCCGAUUCAUGCCUAAUUCCAACUUUCUUUACUGCCAUUUCUGGAAAUUGCAUUUUUGCUAAGAACUACACCAAUAGAUUUGUAAAUAUGGCUUAUUACUGGAAGUAGUUACUACCACUACCGGUAAUAAUGUGUGGAUUCUGGGUAAAAGCUUUCAGUAUAUUACGUAGAUAUGUAAUGAUCAAACCUCGCUAAGAAUGAGGUUCUGUUUAGCUAUCCCAACAUCGACCCAAAGGUCAUUUUGAAUGGAACAAUAGGAUUUCAGCUUCCAUUUGACCCUUUGACCUAUGACACAGAAGAAGAGACACAUGUUCGUUCUUAAUCAUGUGGAGAAACUAUAGAAAGCCUUGCACUGAACUGGAUUAGCUUGGUUAAAAAAAAGUUUUAAUCUCAUUAUUGCAUUAAUAAAGUGUGUAAUUACUGGUGGAGUCAGACAGCUCAGGUUAUUUUAGGUGGUGAUCAUACCAAGUUUACAAAUCAUAAGAAAUAUGGAAUUCUGGAGAUAUACAAAUAAUGAUAGAAAUGUUGACACAAUAAGUAUCUGGUUGUCAUCGUCCCGUCCCGUCCCCCCCCCCUUCAGGCGACCUGGUUGAUCACAUUUUCUGCCACAGUUUUCCUGGAUGUUGACCUUGGCCUCCUUGUUGGUGUUGUGUUUGCCCUGCUGACUGUCAUCAUGAAAUCCCAGAGGUAUGGAGAGAUGCCUUAAGAUGAAUCAAUAUUCAGCACAAAUAGAUUUAAUUUUUCACAAAAGUAUUUCUAUGGGUCAAAAAUAUUUUAUUUGUGUUUGUCUAGAGAUAUUGUUAAUUGUGCAUCUAUACAAUUAUUGUUGAAUCAAGUGGACAAUUAGGAUUUCAGUCAAUUACGACACACAUCCGAAACAAAAAUAACAAACCAAAAUUAUUUCAGCUGCAGUGUCUUUUGCUUGGGCAAUUGAUUAAAUUUAUUGAUUUCAAAUGUUUUAUUUUUUUGUUUGUAGUCAGUUCAUUAUUUUUUAAUCAAUUAUGUAUAAUUAUGUUGGUUUAUGUUUCAUUACUCAAGGCCUUAUGCUUGUUUACUGGGUCAAGUGCCAGGCACAGACAUCUACAAAGAUGUUGAUGUCUACAAAGUUGUAAGUUUCUUGUAUUCAUGCGCUCUUCAUAAGUCAAACUUUUAAAUGCAUGAAAGUAGUCUGAAGGUCAUAAAUAUCAGUGUGUGUGUGUCAGUGUUUUCCUGUGUUGAAAUGCCCCUGUAUCAAUAUGCGCCCGAGUCAGUAAAUUAUGUUGGGUGAAGUUUUAUUUAAGCUUGACAUUUUGAAAAGAUUGCCAUUGCUUGUAUAAUUAGUUAUUCAUAUUCAUAGAUCCAGGUAAUUGGCAUAUUUCAUGUUAACUGAAAAAUGCUCUUAGCUCGAAUGUGGAAAUGAUUGUUGUUUUACUUAAAUAAAGCGCAAUCAAAAGUACUGCCCUCCUAUCCCCAUGCAAGUACUAAGUGCUUAUGAGUGCACUUGCAUUUAUUAAGAAUUAAUUAUUGAAAUGGAAUCCUUUAUCAUAAACAAUAUUUUCAACCGUCUGAUUUUAUUGUUGGAUUCAUUUAUACUAUUGUUCACAGGCUGAAGAGAUUCCUAACAUCAAGAUUUUCCGCUUCGACUGUGCCUUGUUUUUUGCAAAUUCUGAGUUUUUUAAAAGUUCUCUUUACAAGCUGACAGUGGAUCCCAACAACUUAAAGAAGAUCCAGAGGAAACUCAAUAAGAAAAAGAAGAAAGAAGAUCAUCAACUGUUAAACAUUACUGUUGUAAGUGUUAAAUACGUUGAUAAAUUAGAACAUAUUAUUAAGUACAUGGAACUUAAGAAUUUUAAGAAGUUUAUAAAAAAUUUGGACCUAGGGAAAUGGCAUAAUAAAUUCUUUAAAUAAACAGAUUUGUAAAAAUAAGAAAACAUUUUUUUUUAAAAGUUGGAUUUAACAAAACAAUUAUCAUUUAAAUAUAGACAGUAUUAAUCAGCCCUGAUCCCAAUUUAUUUCAGGAAAUUCAUUUUAAAAUCAGUCAGUGAUUGUACAUUUAAAACUACAUAAUAUAUUGAGCAUAUUCUUUAGUUUUAGGGCCAUAUUCUAGUUAGGGCCAAUAUUCUAUAGUUAGGGGCAUAUUCUAAUUGCGGCCAAUAUUCUAAUUCUAUAGAUUUAGGGCCAUAUUCUAUAGUUUUAGGCCCAUAUUCUAUAGUUCUAGGGCCAUAUUUUAAAGUUUUAGGGCCAUACUCUAUAGCUUUAGAGCAUAUUCUAUUGUUUUAGGGCCAUAUUCUAUAGUUUUACGGCCAUAUUCUAUAGUUUUACGGCCAUAUUCUAUAGUUUUACUGCCAUAUUCUAUAGUUUUACUGUCAUAUUCUAUAGUUUUACAGCCAUAUUCUAUAUUUAGGGCACAUCAGGGCUCAUAUUAAAAUAAGCUGCAAACUUUUGUUGGUUUAAAUUAUGAAAUAAAUUUUUCCAAAUACAAAUAAAUUCCCCUCUUGUGAACAUUUUUUUUUAAAAAUUUGAAUCUGUUUUAUUGCAGGAUUCCGUGGGCAGCGCUGACAUUCAAGCAACAGAAGCAGACGAUGAAGCAGAAAUGGACAAGCAAGUGCCUGGACCAAACAUGAACACAAAUAUAACUAGCGCCAAGAAGCAGGGUGAAGGUGCAGGCAAAGAUCCAAAUUUUAUGACACAAGCCCCAACUUUAACAGAUGUUCAUUAUAUCGUAAUAGACUGUUCUACGAUGAGCUAUGUGGAUUCUAUGGGGGUUAAAGUAUUACAGCAGGUACUUUUAAUGAUUAAAUUAAUGACUGUUGAUUGUAUGUGGGACGUGAGGCACUGCUCUUCGGGAUGCAGCUUUUUUAAUUAAUGACGUUAGGAAAUUAUAAACCGGCUUAUCGUGAUAUUAACAUUUGACAAUUUGAUCAGUGCUUCUUUGUGCCAUGACAUUUGAAAAUAUGAUCAGUGCAUCUUUGUGCCAUGAAAUUUUACAAUAUGAUCAGUGCUUCUUUGUGCCGUGACAUUUGACAAUAUGAUCAGUGCUUCUUUGUGCCAUGACAUUUGACAAUAUGAUCAGUGCAUCUUUGUGCCAUGAAAUUUGAAAAUACGAUCAGUGCUUCUUUGUGCCAUGACAUUUGACAAUACGAUCAGUGCAUCUUUGUGCCAUGAAAUUUGACAAUACGAUCAGUGCUUCUUUGUGCCGUGACAUUUGACAAUAUGAUCAGUGCUUCUUUGUGCCAUGACAUUUGACAAUAUGAUCAGUGCAUCUUUGUGCCAUGAAAUUUGACAAUACGAUCAGUGCUUCUUUGUGCCGUGACAUUUGACAAUAUGAUCAGUGCUUCUUUGUGCCGUGACAUUUGACAAUAUGAUCAGUGCUUCUUUGUGCCGUGACAUUUGACAAUAUGAUCAGUGCCAUGAUGGAUGGGAACACCAUUUAAGAGGAAAGGAAAAAGUGUUUUUUUCUGCCUCUGUUAAAAAAAAAAGGUUCUUUUAAUUUUCUUGAUUGACUUGCCUUAUUUUUUUUUUUAUAUACAUAAAUAUAUUUGAGGGCCCACGAUCAAUUAAUUGAUCAUUCUGGGUCCUGGUUUUAAAUUCAGAGUUGGCCAUCUCUUAGAUGAGUUGCUGUCCAAAUCUAUUGAGUCCCAUCCAUCAGGUUAGCUUGGGAUGUUUUUGCCUGUCUUGGCUUGGUGGGGAUUGAACUCAAGACGACUAGCUACAGCCAGUGCUUGACUUACGACCAUGAUUGGUUCCGAAAGACCGGUCGUAACACGAUUUGGUCGUAAGUUGAGUACGCUAUGUGUACAGUAAUGUGGAGUAAUGUUAUACAAAUAUUUUAGUUAAAUUAUAUCAUAAAUUUUUUAAAUUAUUGUUAUAAAUCAUGGUUUUCGAUGGGAGUUCAAAUGUUCAAACUCUGAAGAGCUCUCCAAUCAACAAACUUUAGUCACGCUUCGGGAAGUCAAUGGACCUAGGGUUAUUGAGUGUGACCGUGUUAUUUCUUAGAAAUUGAUGACGCCGGCUGCCUCCCUUUCCUUAGUUAAUGACCGCCGAUGAUUGCAGACAACACUGUGUGACUGAUACUUGAUGGAGGAAAUAAAUCUUAAAUCUAAUAUGGCUAGUGAUUGUGCCCGUAAAGUUGCACAGGCCAUAAGUUGAGCACUGGCUGUAUUUGGAUUGAGUCAGUUUAGACCGUUUGGUCACCCUAGGGGGUUAUCAUUUCAUCUAUGAAUUUAAUAUUUGUGACUUUAAAAAGAAAACAAAACAAAAAUGGAUGACAAUGAACAAUGAAAUCUGUAAGUCAUAAAGUUUCUUUGCCUUUCAAUUAAAAUAAUCACACUUCUGUUUACUACAAAUUUUUUGCAGGUUAUUUCAGAAUUGAGAGCUUUCAACAUCACCGUAUAUUUAGCACAGUGUAAAUGUAAGCAGUUAUUGAAGAGUUGCGGGUUUUUUUUUUUAUCAAUCCUUGUUAUCCCCAGUGUUUUAAGAAGGUUUUUGUUACAGUGAAUAUUAAUUUAAAGUGCAGUUCUGCUUUCAUGAUAUUAUUGUAUUAUUUGGAUGUGGACACUAACUUUAUAUUACCCAGCAGACAAUUUAUUAAAUUUCUUAAGGAUAAAAAUUUGUUUUCCUGAAAACUAUUAGCUCUAGAAUCUGUUUAAGACAAUUAGCUCUAGAAUCUGUUUAAAACUGUUAGCUCUAGAAUCUGUUUAAGACUAUUAACUCUAGAAUCUGUUUAAGACCGGUAGCCCUAGAAUCUGUUUAAGACUGUUAGCUCUAGAAUCUGUUUAAAACUAUUAACUCUAGAUUCUGUUUAAAACUAUUAGCUCUAGAAUCUGUUUAAAACUAUUAGCUCUAGAAAAUGUUUAAAACUAUUAACUCUAGAAUCUGUUUAAAACUAUUAACAUAUUAUUUUUCAGCGAGUGUACGGGAAAUGUUUGAAUGCACUAAUUUCUAUAAAACGGGAAGCAAGAAUUACAUGUUUUUAACCAUUCAUGACGCUGUAGUCAGUGCCCAGCUUCAUCAGUGGUCUGUUACAGGGGUAAGUCAAUUAUCUUUCCAUUUAGCCCAAGCAAACUUCAUGCAUAAUGAAAUCAGUGAUCUGAUACGGGGGUAAGUCAGUUAUUUGUCCAUUUAGCCAAGCAAACAUCAUGAAUAAUGAAAUCAGUGGUCUGAUACGGGGGUAAGUCAGUUAUUUGUCCAUUUAGCCCAGCAAACAUCAUGAAUAAUGAAAUCAGUGGUCUGAUACAGGGACAAGUCAAAUAUUUGUCCAUAUAGCCAAGCAAACAUCAUGGAAUAAUGAAAUCCUGCUAUAUAAAAAAAAUGGAAUGUUUUGUUUCAGACUACACACAGGUACCUGGUAUUACACCAGUUAUAAUCUAAUUUUGUAUCCUCAGGAAAAUCCAUCACAAAAUGGUAACAACAACAACACAUCGAACUCUUCCAGUAAAGAAGCAGACUUGAAUGAUGAUGGAGGGAAAGGUGUUGAAUUUAGUGAAGAUGUGUUGGAGUCUAAUGGAGGAUCUGUAAUACCAAAGGCAGACAAUCAUGGCAGCAUCGUGUUAGAGAGAACUCCAGUAUAGAACCAGUCUACCUCAUAGGUGUUUCUCUGCUGUCUUAAUUUCAGUUGUGUGUAACUGUGACUUUGAAGGGUAAAACUUGUGUCUCAUCUGGAGAUGAUUUGGACAUGUGGCAUGAUUGCGAUGCAUUUUUAUUACAGUAUUUGCAUUUCAUUUAAGAAGUAUUAGAGGACCUCUAACGGUGAACAAUUUAAUAAAUUGCUAUGAAAAUUGUUUUUUCGACAUGACGUUAGGUGUACCCAUGUGAUAACUAUUUGUCAAGAUCAAAGAUUAUCAGUGCAGUUAUACCAAACCAUUUUUAAGAAAUUAAAGAGACGUUGAUAAGAGCUGCCAUUUGUGAAACAUACUUGUGCUAUUAUUUUCCCCCAAAAUAAUUAUUUAAAUUAAGUCCAUAGCGCUUGCUUGGUAAAUAUUUCUUCCUCAAAGCAUUCAUGUUUUGUAAUUUAAAAAGCAAUAAUUUAAGUUAAGCUGAAGGGAUACAUAUAAACUGUACACAACUUCUCCAUUUGAUAACUGCUGUGCACAUACUGAAUGUUGAAAUACAACAGUUAUGGUCUCAAGGGAGAUAAUGAGUUGCCCAGACAGACAUGAAAAUGGCAUUUGUCCCUUAAUGUAUGAAAUGGAUGUUUAAUUUUACACAUUGCUAAGAAAUAUAACAAUUAAAUUAUCAGUCUUCCUUGCUUGGAGUCCCAACAAAGAUAUUUGUAAAUAAUAAAUUCUGUCUUGUACUGAUAAAUGCCUUGGUUUUAUGUAAGGCCAUUCUCGUGUUUAGAAUAAUUUCUUACUUAAUCUGCUGUAAUCUGAAGCAAAUGUUGAUAGAGUGUUUAAAUUGUGCUCAAAAGGGAUUUUAGAUUUUUUUGUUAAAAAUCUAUGAAGCCCUAAAAUCACUAAGAUUAGCCUAUAUUUUGUCCAAUCAUUGUGUAACUCUCCUUGUGGAGUUCUGGUGUGAACACUUAAAUCAACCAACAGUAUUGAGUUAUCCUUUAAUUAAAAUGUACAUCUGUUGUGUAAAGCACCAUCUCAUUUUCAUUUUAAAUAUUUAAAUUACAAAAAUUAUCAAAGAAAAUUACAGUUUGUACACUCUAAGGUAAAGACUGAAAUUUUUUUUUUUUCAUUUACACAUAAGGUAAAGAAUAAAUACUUUCUUUGCUUAAAAGAACGGAAUCUGUUUCUUCGCUAAAAAACAAUGACACAGGUAUCAAGACAUUUUAAAAAAAUGUUUGUGUGGAGAUUAGAUUAUUUUUUAAUGCAAUGAACAUUUCUAUAUACAGAUUUCAUACAAAGAUUAUUUCAAACAUCAAAAUGUUUCUAAUUUCCAGGGUAGUGCAACUACUAUAUAUACUUUUAAUAAUUAAACUAGGUCCUUGUAACCGAUAUAUCAGACACAAGGCAAGAAUUUUAAAAAAUUAUAAUAUAACAUAUGCACUAAUAUUUACCUUUAUUUUUUUCAUGUGAAGAAAAGUUCAUUUAUUUUAUAAAGCAUUUAUUUGCCUGUUAGCAUAACCUGUUUCAAAGUGAUGAAUAUGUAUUACACAAUGCCUGUUUAUACAAAGUUUAUACACAUCUCAAAAUAUGUCAUUCCCUGUGUUACACUGACUUCAUUGCCUGGUAUUCAUGUCAUAACAUUAAGAGUUUCAUUUGGUGAUAUAAAUUCAUAGAACUUAUCAUACCCAUUGUUUCAUUAUCAAAUUAUGAUCCAUUUUUAGUGAUCAUUUUUGGUAAUAGGAAAAGAUAGCUCAAGAUAGAUAUCUUAUAUAAAUUGUGAAUCCUAAGUGACUUAGUUUUCAUGCUCCUUAUUUCUUCCUUGAAUCCCAUUAGUUCAAGAGCGACAUGUCUUAUGUAUAUUUUGCUUCUGGUGUGUCCUGCUUCCUCUUCAACCCCCACCCCCAACUGCACAUAUUUUUUAUAUUAAUAGUACUAAGGGAAAAAAAAAAAGCCAGCAUCAUGUGCGACAGUUAAACUCGGGUAAAUAGUUUUUUUUUCUUUCUUUAGUGGGAGGCCAAUAUUAUAUUAAUGGAUAAAGAGUCAAAGGUAUGGUGUAGGACUGUCUAUAGGACUAUUGUUUAAAGGCUGGCAGGUAGGGUGUAGGACUAUUUUUUAAAGGCUGGAAAGGCUGGUAGGUAGGGUGUAGGACUGUCUGUAGGCCUACUAUUUAAAGGCAGGCAUAUAUUAUAGAAAAUAAAACGUUUACUUGGACUCACUGAGUAUUUUAUCAAAAUACCAGGACCCAGCCUACAAAAAAAACUGCAUCUGGUAACACCCUAGUAUGGUUAAUAGUUGUGUGUGUCCAUUUCCUGCCACUGAUCAUUCCAUCAAAAUUGUAUCAUUUGUAAAUAACUCCAGAGUGUACAUAUAUUAUUUUAAAAUACAAAGUAAUUUCAAUUCUAUACAUAUAUAUAUAUUAUGAAUACAUGAAACCAUACAAAUUACUAUUAUUACGUUACACUUUUAUAUAUAUAUAUCCAUAGUGGAUCAAAAUGUAUGGACUGUGACAAUUCAGUCAAAAGAUUCUGUCCUAUGAAAAUGUGUGUAAAUGUACAGUGUAAAUGUACAAACAUUUUAAACUGUUUCAAAAAUAAAACAUCCUAAAAAUAAAAUCUUGUUCUUCAAAAUUAAUUAAUUUUUUUUUACAAAAUGAGCAAAUGAGUACUAUUUAUUUAUUUAUUAUCAUACAUUAUGACUGUGAAACAAUGAAAUGAGUUUCUUCUUGUUGUAAUGGUUAUUCUUAAUCAGUUUAGAAAAAUUUAAUUUAAAAAAAUCAAAAAAAAAUCUUUAUAAAAAUUAACCUAGCAAAUUUUAAGGUUCCUAUGCAAUAUUAACAUUUAGGAUAAAUACAACAAACAAAAUGGCAUUUGUUUCAUGUAUAAUUUAAUAUAAUGGUAUAACUUUUGAUUUGUUCAGAACAUUUUAUUAAAUCACACUUACGGCAUCAUUUAUUAAAUUUGUGAUAAUCUUUUUACUGCAUCAUUUAACUUUAUUGUGGUAUUUAAAAUGUUAAAUUAAUGAGAAAUAAAAUUGAAUUGGUCCUUAUAUAAAUAGUGUGUCUGUUUAUGGCCACUUUAACUUGUAGAAUUUAUAUUUACUUGACUUUCUGUUUGAACUCAUGUAAUCAGAACAUUUUGAUAUCCAGGAGAAAAAACUGUAGAAAUAAUAGCAUAUCUGCUGGAAAUUUUUUUAAAGACAUUCCAUAAGAGAUUACAUAGGCAAAAACGAAAAUGAGAGCCUCAUUUGAAGAGUGUACAUUUUCUUAACAUAGACAGUAAUUGUUAUAUAGUGUUCAGUAUAGUAAAUACCUUUUCAAGUUAAAAAAAAAAUGCUUUGAAAUUCCGUAAAUUCAUCCUUUUCAAGUUCAAAUUUUAACAAUUGAAACUUCCAUAUAAAUUAUAAAUUACCCUAGACAUAAACUUCCUGAAAGGCUGAAAUUAACAAAGCAUCAAAGUAAAGCUAUUUGGGAGUAAAUUAAUACCCUUUGUGUAAUUUUAGCAGAUUGUACAUAAUAUUAUUCCUACAGUUUAAUAGUUUUCUUAACAUAGUAUAUUUGUUUGAAUACAAUAUACUGUUGAAGGAUGACAGAUGUAUGCUAUAUGUUUAUUAUAUUAUAUAUAUAUCAUAAGUCAUGUUAAACAUGCUUAAAAUAAGUGAUGAUUCCAUGUACUUAAUAAAACAGAAAUCUGUAUGGAAAGCUGCCUUGGUAGGCAGAAGUGUUAAACUUCAUGCGGAUGUCAAAGAAAAAAAUUGGGUUUAUGUUUACAGAAUCAAAAUUUUUAAAAUUUGCACAAAACAAUUUAAAAUCCAAUUUUAGAGUGCAACAGGACAUGUAUUGUGCAAACAUAUUGUUACAAUCAUAGAAUUGUGUACUGUGCAAACAUAUUGUUACUGUCACAGAAUUGUGUACUGUGCAAAGCAAACAUAUUGUUACUGUCACAGAAUUGUGUACUGAGCAAACAUAUUGUUACUGUCACAGAAUUAAUUUUUUUCUUCCCCAGAUUUUUCAAAAAAAUCUAUCUGCAUAUUUUAUUAUUAGUAGUUUCUCUUUAUUGCUGCUAAUACUUAGUGUGGGUUCUUAAAAAAUUUCUGAGUAACUACAGUACAUUUUGUGCUUUUAAGUUAGGAUUUUAAAUUAGGAUGUGCUUUCCCCCUUUUUUUUAACUGAGCACAAAUAUUAGAAUAGUUACACUGUUUAUUAUGAACUCGGUAGUAAGCUCCUACUGGUACUAGAUCUGUGUGUUACUUCCAUGAUGCUGCCAAUAUACUAAAAUGUAUUGCUAUUGAAGAAAAUGAGUUUAUGUAUGUUUUUUUAAAUUUUUUUAAAAAAGGGGGGGGGGGGGGGGAAGAGCUAGAGGACCACUUCUUUUUAUGUUAACUCUUGUCUUCUCAUUUUUUACUUGUACUAUUUUUCAAUUCUGACUGUUAAAGCAUCUAUUUCCUCGAGAUACGCAUCCAUUUCCUAGAGAUGCUAUCUAGUUUCUGUUGAGAUAAUAGAUUACGAAACCAACCAAACCCAACCACUGUCUUAUUUGGACCAUAAAUUAGUAAUAAACUAUAUCAGUUCUUUUCAUUCCCAAAUUAACAUUUACAUGGAAUCUCAUAUGGCAAUUAUCUUUUAGAGCAGUAAGAGCAGUAAUUUGUAUGUGUGUCAUGUCAUUGCUGUUGAUAAGCACCAACUAACAGAUGUGAUUAAAAUGCUUAGAAACUUUAACAGCUUGACAAAAUGUUCACAAAAGAAAUAUUAAGUUAUUUCUAUUCUAUUAACUAAAGAAAAUUGUUUACAUUAAUAAAUUGAUGAAGGUGUUGUCAGUAUUUUUCAAAUAUUGUUCAAAACAGCCACUUUAUGUUACUGUGACCAUUGCUAUCUUAAUUAAUUUACCACAGUGAAAGUUUUCUAAAAAUAUUUCAUCCAAGGAUCUGUGAAUGCCAGCUAUUGCUGUCGUUAGUUUACUAUAUGAUAUUGAUACAUCAUAUCAUUUUUCUGAGCACCCUACAAAUAGAUCUAGUCACACAGACUGUAACAAUAAUUUCAUGAAUUUUUUUUAAAUCAUCAAACUUUAUUUUUUAAUACGAGUCAACUGUUUUGUACUUGGAAGAUUGUGAAAAUAAAAAGCAAGAGUUUUUAAGGAUAUUUAUAUAUGUGUGUUGUUUUAUUAAUUUUAAAAUAUCAAAUUGUUCAAUACAUUUUUAUGAAUAUCAGUAGUAAAAAAUACAUUUUUGGUUAACAUAUUUAACUUAAUAACAUUAAUUGAAGACCAUAAUAAUAAUUUACACAAUUUAUUCCAAAAAAAUCUUUUUUGGAUUUAGCUGCCAAAAGUUUUACUCAAUUAAAAAUUAUGGCCACAUGUAACUUACGUAGUAAAAUUUCAUCCUUAUACUGAAAAACACAUGACAAGCUGGUAAAACAUUCCUGUGUGUUAAAUGCUUUAUCUAUAUUCAUCCUUAAUGUAUUAUGUUAAAAAAAACGACUGUAAGCAAAAUUAAAAAUCGUUAACUACACUUAAGAUUUAAAAUAAAAUACAUGUACACACUUUAUUUAUUACAGUUAACCAUUGAAGAUAUUUUUGCCUUAAAAUAAUACUAAAGUCUCAAUAUGCAUGUGCAUAACAAUAAAAUGAAUAAGAACAUUUAUCCCUUUUAUCUUCUAUUUCCAAGACAGUUCUUUAUAAGUUAACAUGAACAGUCUCAUUGAGAGUGUAACAAUUUUAAUUAAUGAGGUGGGAAAGGGUAUUAAUUUCCACCAAGAUAUAUUUUAUUGUCCAAGUUAAAUUGCAUGCUUAACUAGGUGUUUUGCAGAUAUGAACUUAUGAUUAAUCUAAACACUUAAAUGUUAAGGGUAAAAAUGCAAAAGCUCCUGAAAACAAAAUAAAAAGCUUGAGAAUUAUAAACCUUUAAAAAUAUGCCAAGGAGUGGUUAACUGACGCUACUAUAAUUCAACAGUUGUACUCUGUACAGUACUAUUAAAAGUCUAUAGUGCAUUUUUCUAUGGCACAGCUCUGAAUAUUCUUAUUUUAAAAUCUACAAACAAAUAGAUAGCAGAUGAAAACAAACCAUGUAAAUGUGAAAAUAAUUUUAAAAAACAUUAGACAAAAGUGGUGUUAAUGUGUGAAAUAAAAAUUGUAUAACUGAUCUGAUAAAUCCAUCAAUGUUCUGUUAUUUACAUCAACUGAUACCUAAAUUCACAUUAAAAAUUUUAAAUUGAAGAAAAAACAUAUCCUUUUUUUUACUUGAAGUAAGUGAUUUGUCCGGCACUUCUCAAUUAAAAUAAAAAUAUAAACAAUAAUUUGAUUUUUAUUCUAAUACCAGUAAAACGAGCUGAUUUGAGAUGGGAUUAAGCAUUAAGCUAUUUUCCACCCCAAAAAAAAAAAAAAAAUAAAAAAGUAAGGUGCACAUUAAAAAAAUCGUUCAAUGCACUUUUCUUUCUUUUAUGCAAGCAAUUACUCAUACUGUCCAAUAAAGUCAUUCAGUAAUCAUGUAAUUGAAUAUUAUUUUGAUUCACAAAUAACAGUAUAUAUAUUUUAAGACCAUACCUUGGUCAAAUGAGUGUCAAAUAAUCAACAGGCAAAACAGCAAUGAUAUUGAAUUGAACAUUUUACAAAUAGUUACUUUUUAAAUCUUCAAGUUAACAUUUUAUCUUUUGGCCGUCUUAUAACUUCAUACAUAAUAUCAUUUGAUAAAGACCUUUGAUACUGUUUUUCAUAAUUUGCAAAGAAUUUAUUU